AUGGUUGUAACGUGCAUCGACAUCGCAGUUACCCUUUUCGAUGUUGAGAAUCAAGGUAAAAGGUUCUCCCUCCUUCUUCUGGUACCAGUAGACAUAUGUUCCACACUGAUGCAUGCCUUUGCAGCUGAAGGAGACAGCCUCUCCCUUUCUCAUAGUCCAUGAAAUCUCCUGGUCCAAUUUCUGCCCUGCCACUGACACUGCAAUGACAAAAUGACAACAACAACACACUCAGACAAAAAAUGACAACACACUCAGCAAAAGUUAAAAGCAAUUACGUGUCCAGAAUCUUUGCAUCAAUCAUAGACUUAAAUUACAGAUACAAUUUUCCACAAGUCAUUUCCAGUUGCUCCAUGGCCAUGGUGCAUUGUAGGAAAAAUUAUAUUGUAAGUGAUGGAUGGACAAACACUUACUUAAAUAAAGUGAGCAAAGAAUGACCACAGAGCCUAGAGACAUUUCUAUGAUGUUUCUGAUGUGUCCUCUAUUGAACCUGAAGAUAUUUGUGUUUAGUUGGAAAAGAGAUGAUGUGAGGUGAAACAGUAUUACUUACGCCUUGUGGUUCCUAACUGCUCCUCCAAUGUGAUGUAAUUUCCUGUCGUCGUUGACAAGGGGUAUGUUCCAAUUAUGUUAUCUACUUAUUUCUCCUUCCUCCCAAAGAGGGCACUUGUUCACUUCCCUUCACUGAUUUGAAAUAAAUAUGGUGGAAAGGCCACUAGCCCAUGCCUCAACUUAUUCAAUGCUUGUGGGAAGUAGUGAACACUUCAGGAGAAAGUAGAUAUUAUUGGGACGCACCCAUUCACUGUCUAAAUUCAACCAUUGUAGUCUUUGAACCAGAUACUACUCAACUUAAUGAUACAUUCUAUGUGUAUCCUUGUUUGAGGUCCUGCAAACUUUUGAUGUAGACCUCUAUAUACCAAUCCCAUAUUGCCCCUUUAAUGCUGACAUUGCUCCCCUCUGUCUUUCUCCACAAGAUGGUGAUAAAACAUAAGCCUAUAAAUGAUGUUUGAAAAAGUUUAACAGAGAAAUGGUUCAAAUAAGAGACCAAUGGCUAUAUCUUUUCAGUCUUAUGAAUGGAAACCGUUGGUUUUGGAUUGACAAUCUGCUAUCACUAAUUGUCUGUUGUUAUCAUUAAUUUACAGCGUUUUUAUAUACCAUUUAAGGUUUAUAGUUCUCCAAAGUUAUAAGUAAUGAUGUGGUGAUCUGAGCAAAGAACAACACACCUAUGACCAAUGUUGCCUCUAAUUUUCUCAGGCACUGAGCAAAUUUCAGGUCUAUUGAGCGCAAAAUUGAAUGUUGUGAAAUUUCUGUGCAACUUCUAGCGUGUGUUUACGGUGAACACUUAGGCUGUACCUGCUUUAAGUUAUAGUUUCAGACAGUGGUCAAGUAGGCUACUGUGGCUAUUUGAUCAUAAUGUAGGAGAAUGCAUCCCAUAACAUUUUAACAUGGAAAUAGCUGUUCUAUCAUUCAGCCUAUGUGUGGUGUUCAAUGUAGGCCUACACUCCAUGAGACCUUUGAAAAAAACAUGCAGGGCUUGACAUUAACCUGUUUAUCCACUUGUCCUUCAGACAGGGAGAUGACUGAAAAUGUUGUGUUGUUUUAAUGCAAGAAACCACUUUACAAAAGUAUUAUUCCCAUACAUUGUUACACAGAAUCAGACUAAUUAUACUACCCUCUGCCUAUUGGCUACUUAGCUUAUUCAAGCCUGUCUCAAAAUACAACACUACCCCUUUAAGACAAAUGUAAAAAGCUCUUUACCCAACUCGCUUUUCAAAGAUGUCUAGAAAUGCACGUUUUGUGCUAUUGUAGGAAGCGAUCAGACCCCCGUUGCUGACCAGAAAUUAUAUAUGACUGGGCUAAUAACUCACUAACUAGCAACGGGUAUGAACAAAUGUUUACACAUGGCUACAUGCAGCUCUUGCUUUGAUCUUAAAACAAGCACAUCUACCUUGCCACAACCAUGUCAAUUGACAAAACGGACCAAAAUCAGCAAAUAUUUGCUACAGCUGCAAUGUCAGAGUAUGUACACGCACUCUAAUGAACUGGGUAAUUCAUUAGCAAUGCUUAUGGAGCCGUCUGACAAUAUCUACUAACCAACAUAUUCAAGGUUAAUCAGUAGCCUAUGUCAGCCUCGCUGCCUAGGCUAUUUUUCUUUAAACGACUCCAGGAUUUGGAGUUGACUCCGGCUGUUGGUGGUCAAGGAGUCGAGGAAUUGACUCUUUUGGAGUUGACUCUCCAGUGGAGGCUCUUCAGAGGAAGAAGGGGAGGACCAUCCUACUCAGUGAAUUUCAUAAAAAUUAAAAUAGUGAAACAUUAAAAGGGUUAUGAUUUUUAGGUAAAACUAUACUAAAUACAGUAUAUUGACAUGUCACCAAAUAACUGAUUAAAACACACAGUUUUUCAAUGAAGGUCUACAGUAGCCUCAACAGCUCUAUCUGGGGCAGCACCAUGGUGUAGCCGGAGGACAGCUAUUUUCCGUCCUCCUCUGAGUACAUUGACUUCAAUACAAAACCUAGGAGGCUCAUGGUUCUCAUCCCCUUCCAUAGAUUUACACAGUAAUUAUGAUGACUUCCAACCUAUCAGAGCUCUUGCAGCAUUAACUGAGAUGUGGUCCACUGACUCAAAGGAUCAGAGAAUUAAUCUAGUACUAGCUAAGGCUAUCCAGCACUGGAACUAUUACAAGUCAAGGUAAGCUUUCAGUUGUAUUAAUUUAUUGCCAACGGGGCCCGCUGGUGUAACUGCUAAACUGCUUGCUGUACUGUGUGGUUGUAGUGGGUUUACUAAUGUGUUAGUCAACAUAGCUAGUAAAACUAUGUUAGCUAAUAUGGUGACAAGAUGUAGGCUGUAUGUAGCGAUUAACAGUUAUGGUAUGAAGGUUUGGCUUGGAAAGGUUUUAUCGCCUGGUCACAGACAGCUGUGAAGGGAAAAGGUGAGAAGAGGAGAGCACGUAUAUAUGAUAAGGAAUUAUACAACAAGGAAAAUGAUGAUGCUGUUUGUAUGUGGUUGCUAUGAAGGUGAACUGUGUGUGCGGGUGAUCAGGGGCGUAUUCAUUCCACAGAUUCUGUUGAAAAAUGUUUAUUAAACAGUAGCAAACAGAACAAAAUGGGAAUUAACCUCCCUGAGUUUGUCAGAUAGAAUCUCUUGUUUUCAACUGUUUGGAGUCACCUUGAUUACUCCAAAUGUUCUCUUGACCUGUGCACCUAAGUUAUAAACUUUCAUUCGUAGGCUAGGAUGUAGCAACCUCGUGAUGGGUAUAGAACGGCACCUACCGCCACUGCUCUCCACCAAGCUGAAUUGAAGUGAGGAACUUGCUACCAAACAUUUCCGCUAUGAAAGUAAAUGAAUAUUGCACUCUGAACCACAAAACGUAAUUGCUAGAUUAAAGAUAGUGUGGCAGCAGCAAGCCCAUGUGAUUACUAUAAUGCCCAGUCCCUAAUAUUUUUUCUUUGUUAUACUGAAGCGCUAUUCCAAGACUGUGGCACCACUCAAAUAACUGACGGCUUAAUACUGUACCAAGUUUAGGUUUUAUGGGCUGGGAAAGAGUGGGCAUGGUUUACAGGUUUUACCGUACUGCAGCCUAGGACAAUGCACUGGAUGGUCCUCACUGUUAGUAAGGCGUGGAUAUUGCCAUUAUAGUUCAGUUCUACAGCAAUGACGACAGUAUAUGGUCUAUCAUAUCAUUGGAAGAUAUAAUAUACAGUGAAGGUACAAUGAAAUCAUACAUUUACACAUAUACAUAUUGCUUUCUAACACAAGUUGUAGGCUAUCAAAGUCUAUUAUUUUGUAUCAGGUAAAUGACUAAAAUGGCUGCAUGUGAAAAAACUGAUUAUUGCACACUGCCAUCUGCAGCAUCACAACUAUGCUGUACUUUUUCUAAUUUUGGUCCGUCACUGACACACAAAAUAAAAUAACCUAUCUAGAUAUGAUCUAAUUGAGUAGUAGAGGGAAAAAAAAUCAGGCAGAGAUUGGAUGAAGGGAUUAUUGUACCCAAUUAGGCUAGAUGUUGAUGUAGAUUACAGGAUUGUCUGGUUUUACAGAUAUCUGAUGUUAAUUUUACCCCUUUCAUCGCAGGAGGAUUUGAAUAUCUAAAGAAAUAUUUUGAAAUGCCACCAGGGGGCAACUGGAAGCGGUGUUUGUAUGCAAUGCAGUACCGUACCUACAUUUUAGGCUACCUUAUGUAGGCUACAGUGUGUCACGUGAAUUUUUAUGUGGAUUAUAAUAAAUCUGUAUAUUUGUAGAGGUAGAUGUGUUUUUUUUAAUCAAUUGUUUUAUUUUAUGUUGAAGGCAAGCAAUAGGCAGAAUAUAUUUUGGGGGUUGCCUCAGUGCCUGUGUGGUCUUGCGGUUACAGCCAGUAGUGUGUAUUCAUGGAUACCAAGGGAAGCCAGACUUCCCCAAGAAAUUAACCAGUACAAAAAUUAAGAAACAUACAAAUUAUUUUUAUUUCGUCUCUCUGUGUUUCAUAAUUUUCCUUCAAUUCACUAGAGGCUGAAUGUAUAUCUCACCGAAGAAAGCAUCUGAGCGAGUGAAACAGCACCCCUCUGUCUCUAUAUGUGUAGCCCAUCUAUCUGAUGCUGUCUGGUCAAAAAUAUUAUUACAUUUUUGCUGCCCGUAGCAUUGAAUGCAAGGAAAGCCAGUGAGCAUUUGGCCUCCCUUGAUAAAAAAGUAUAAAAUAAUAGCCAAUCAGUAUUGAGCUAAACUGAGUGAGCUCAACUGUGAAUGGUUCUGGUGCACUAAAAAAAAUGUCAAGGGAAGCCAGUUUGGAUUUGGCUUCACACCAAUCACAUCACAUCAAGUGCAAAACGUCAUUGACAGAAAAAACUUCAAUUGUUGCAUGUUGUUUUAUUGUUGACCAUGCUGUAUAAUGGCAAUUCUGAUCCAACCAUAAAUUCAUACAUUGUGACCCUGGCCUGAGAGUAUGGAAGUUCAAUGUGUAGCUAGAUGUAGUAGGCUAAUGUUAACUAGCUGGCUCAUCGUUGCCAAUGAAAGGAAGUUAGGCUAGCGAGCAAGCAUUUUAGCCAGGUAGCCUAUCACAAAAAAAACGACAAGUGUGUACUCAAUGACAGAGGAUGGCGGCAUUGGCAUUUCUCUACGAGUAGGGUGAGUCAACAUGUUUUAUGUACUUGCACGAACGCAAUGCACACACACACAGAAAUCAGAACCAUGGGACAGUCAAAUCAUAUUCAUCUUAUGUGGAUUGAAUUAAAUUGUUUUGGUAUCUUUUAGUUGUCACUGUAUUAGACUAAACAUAGGUGAUUUGAUGAUGUUGAAAUUGUGCUGGAAUAGUGGAGGCAGCUCCUGUUUUCUUUGUAACGCUCCUUGAUUCUAAAUCAAUAGUUGUUUAGUAGUCCAAAAAUGUCGGAACCAUUAACUUGCUUGACCAUGCUGUAGGUCAUGUAACUUUUUACAUGCAAUAUGCUUUGUGAACUUCACCGGACAGAGGUUACUCUCUGGUUUUGUGAUGAAAUAAAGGUGUGGUUGAAUUCAUUCUGACACUGUGUCUUCUUAUUGUCUCGGCCUUUAGGACUAUACAGUAUAUCACGGUCGCAAGGCAAAUGAACUGACAGUUUAUAGAGCUCAACUCAAUUCUCACCACACACAGGUUGUAAUAUGGCUUUUCUUUUCCGGCUUGUCUACCCAAGUUAUUUUACCCACACACUGCUACUGGUUACAGCCACUGACCCCAGCACACAUAUGCCAGAGCCGGCAUGGGUUUGAAUCCGGCCCACUUCCCUUUGAAUUAUGGAUGAACGUCUAUUGUUUAUGCAUUAAUUGAAAUCAAAUUGUAUUUGUCACAUGCGCCAAAUACAACAGGUGUAGACCUUACCGUGAAAUGCUUACUUACAAGCCCUCAACCAACAAACAACGCAGUUAAGAAAAAAUAUUUACUAAAUAAACUAAAGUAAAAAAUAAAAGAGCACCAAUAAAAUAACAAUAACUAGGCUAUUAUGACAAUCCUCUUCAAGGUUAGGAGAGUUUGUACACAAAUUCAGCGGGAGACCGUCACCAAAAUCACCCUAGAGAGAGUUAUUUCGAACAGGACAGUACCUGAAUAUUGGUUUCUCCGUCCUGGUCCGCCCAGGCCACAGGGGUGGUCAAGGAGAGCAGUGUUCGAUACACGAAUCGGGUUCAAUCCCAGUUUUUCCCAUCCUUAAUCGAUUACCUUCCUGAGCAUUGACUUCAGGGUGCAGUUGAAUCUCUCAACCAGCCUGUCUGUCUGAGGAUGGUAAACCGAUGUCCUCAACUGUUUCACCUGCCACAAUUUACAAAGGUCUGCCAUAAGGUGGUCCCCUGGUCAGUAAGGUUCUCCUUUGGAAUCCCUACCCUGGUGAACAGGAGCACUAACUCGUUGCCAAUCUUUUUGGAAGCCAUCGUCCGAAGGGGAAUGGCUUCUGGGUAGCGAGUGGCAUAAUCUUGGAUGAUCAGAAUGUAUUGGAACCCUCUGGCAGAUUUGGGUAGUGGGCCCACUAUAUCCAUUGCUAUCCUCUCAAAUGGCGUUUCGAUGAUGGGGAGUGGCACUAAUGGGCUUCGAACAGCUGGUCGGGGAGCUGUUAACUGGCACUCGGGGCACUCUCCACAAUGUCGAGCCACCUCAGCCUGAAUUCCUGGCAAAUAAAACCUCCUCACAAUCCUGUCUCGGGUUUUAUCGAUACCAAGGUGUCCCCCCAGAAUAUGCCCAUGAGCUAGGUCCAGUACUGUUAUCCGGUACCGGGUGGGGACCAACAACAGUUCCACCACAUCAACCCCUAUUUUUGAAACUCAGUACACCAAACCCUUUUUCAUGAUGAAGUGGAGGAAACUAUUAGGCAUCGUCCCGUCAUUUAUGGGGGUACCAUCCACGACCUGCACAUCUGCUCUGGCUUGCUGCAGGGUUGGAUCCUGGGUCUGGGCCAUCCCGAAAUUAGUCAGGGACCCUGCCAGGUCUGUUGGUUCUAGAUAGUCGCCCUCUGAAUCCAGAUCGACCCUGGCCCAACUAGUACCGGGCUGCUCAUUAUUGACGGGGUCUACCCCUUCUUCCUCAUCCUCCCCUACUAGCACCUGUGAGGUUGGCCCAUGAGAAACCUUCUCUUUUCUUGGCUUAUGUUGAGGGCUAUAUGCUACUUCCUGCUUGGUCAGGGGGUUUGGCUUCUCAAAUAUGCAGUUUUUUUUGGCCAAACCUCACAAAGUUAGGAAAGUAUCUACACAGUAUUUUAUCAUACGGCAUCUUUGGGACCACACCGACCUCAUAAUCCAACAACCAGUCCUCAGUUUGUAUGCUCACUGUGGGAUACGGACGGGUAUCCCCAUGAAUGCACGUACAGUGGGGAGAACAAGUAUUUGAUACGCUGCCGAUUUUGCAGGUUUUCCUACUUACAAAGCAUGUAGAGGUCUGUAUUUUUUUUUAAUCAUAGGUACACUUCAACUGUGAGAGACGGAAUCUAAAACAAAAAUCCAGAAAAUCACAAUGUAUGAUUUUUAAGUAAUUUAUUUGCAUUUUAUUGCAUGACAUAAGUAUUUGAUCACCUACCAACCAGUAAGAAUUCCGGCUCUCACAGACCUGUUAGUUUUUCUUUAAGAAGCCCUCCUGUUCUCCACUCAUUACCUGUAUUAACUGCACCUGUUUGAACUCAUUACCUGUAUAAAAGACACCUGUCCACACACUCAAUCAAACAGACUCCAACCUCUCCACAAUGGCCAAGACCAGAGAGCUGUGUAAGGACAUCAGGGAUACAAUUGUAGACCUGCACAAGGCUGGGAUGGGCUACAGGACAAUAGGCAAGCAGCUUGGUGAGAAGGCAACAACUGUUGGAGCAAUUAUUAGAAAAUGGAAGAAGUUCAAGAUGACGGUCAAUCACCCUCGGUCUGAGGCUCCAUGCAAGAUCUCACCUCGUGGGGCAUCAAUGAUCAUGAGGAAGGUGAGGGUUCAGCCCAGAACUACACGGCAGGACCUGGUCAAUGACCUGAAGAGAGCUGGGACCACAGUCUCAAAGAAAACCAUUAGUAACACACUACGCCUUCAUGGAUUGAAAUCCUGCAGCGCACCCAAGGUCCCCCUGCUCAAGCCAGCGCAUGUCCAGGCCCGUCUGAAGUUUGCCAAUGACCAUCUGGAUGAUCCAGAGGAGGAAUGGGAGAAGGUCAUGUGGUCUGAUGAGACAAAAAUAGAGCUUUUUGUUCUAAACUCCACUCGCCGUGUUUGGAGGAAGAAGGAUGAGUACAACCCCAAGAACACCAUCCCAACCGUGAAGCAUGGAGGUGGAAACAUCAUUCUUUGGGGAUGCUUUUCUGCAAAGGGGACAGGACGACUGCACCGUAUUGAGGGGAGGAUGGAUGGGGCCAUGUAUCGCAAGAUCUUGGCCAACAACCUCCUUCCCUCAGUAGGAGCAUUGAAGAUGGGUCAUGGCUGGGUCUUCCAGCAUGACAACGACCCGAAACACACAGCCAGGGCAACUAAGGAGUGGCACCGUAAGAAGCAUCUCAAGGUCCUGGAGUGGUCUAGCCAGUCUCCAGACCUGAACCCAAUAGAAAAUCUUUGGAGGGAGCUGAAAGUCCGUAUUGCCCAGCGACAGCCCCGAAACCUGAAGGAUCUGGAGAAGGUCUGUAUAGAGGAGUGGGCCAAAAUCCCUGCUGCUGUGUGUGCAAACCUGGUCAAGACCUACAGGAAACGUAUGAUCUCUGUAAUUGCAAACAAAAGUUUCUGUACCAAAUAUUAAGUUCUGCUUUUCUGAUGUAUCAAAUACUUAUGUCAUGCAAUAAAAUGCAAAUUAAUUACAUAAAAUUCAUACAAUUUUAUUUUCUGGAUUUUUGUUUUGAGUUUGAGUUUGAGUUUGAGUUUAUUUUUACAGGGACAGUGCACAUUAAUCAACGUUUCAAUAAAGUGCCGGUUUUAGCCAGCCGGCUAAUUUUCAACCGCAGUCCCUGGGCAGGUUAUUAAAAACAAUUACAAUAUGGACAAUAACAACAUAGAACAAGACAUAGCAUACAGACAUAGCAACAUAGGACAAGCAAGACGUAGCAUACACACCGAGCAACAUAGAACAAAAAGCAGCAAGACAAAAUUCAUAAAAGCAACAAAAUGUUUCCACACCUCACAAGUUACAGACAACAGACAUGGAAAGCGGCAACACACAGCUAGGGACCAUGUUCACAAAUCUGAUUGACCUUUAGCCAUGUCUUCAAGCAUUUUGUGAAAGUGUGAUAUGUGGUGCAGUUGUGUGUGUCUGAUGGCAGUGUAUUCCAGACAUGGGAAGCUCUCACAGAAAAAGCAGAUUUACUAAAGGUGCUUUUCCUUAGGGGAACUACACAGUCACCUCUCAUGGCAGACCUUGUGGAUCUGCUGCCAUAUGUUUGGUUUUUCUGUUUAACAAAAAUACUGAGUGGAGGGGGAGCCAAGCCAUUUAGGAUCUUGAAUACAAGACAUGCAUCGGUGUAUUGCACAAGAUUUUCCCAACUCAGGAGCUCAUGCUUUCUAAGGAUGUGACAGUGAUGAUGGCUAUUGGGCUUCCUAUCAAGCACUUUGAGAGCCUGUUUGUAGACAGACUGAAUAGGUCUUACUGUUGUACAGCAAGCUUGGGCCCAACUAGUCAAGCAGUAUGUUAAGUGGGGGAGUAUCAUAGAUUUGAAGUACAGUUUUGCUACCUCUGUAGUCAAACAAUUUCGUAUAAAUCGGAAAUUAGCUAGGUUGAAUUUGGUUAUUUGAAUUUUAGAGUCCGUCUCUCACAGUUGAAGUUUACCUAUGAUAAAAAUUACAGACCUCUACAUGCUUUGUAAGUAGGAAAACCUGCAAAAUUGGCAGUGUAUCAAAUACUUGUUCUCCCCACUGUAACUCCACCAGUCCUAUUUAUGAUAUCAUUUCUAAAAUUAUAUUGUUUCUAAUUUAUUUUUCAAUAAUUCAUGUUUUGUUUUUUUAUCAAUUAGUAUAUUUGAGUUUAACAAUACAUUUUGUUGUAAUUUUUGUUCUGUCUUUUCUGUUGGAGUAAAAUGAAAUGUCAAACAGCUUUCUAUGGCUUAUUUUGGAGAUUAUUUCAUUUUCAAAUAACCGAAAGUGAGAGGUUGUAAUCUGAAUGAAGGGAAAAAGGUGAUUCUUGAACAUGGGGUGAGCCAUUCUUACUAAUCUGCUAGAGAACCGGUUCAGAUUUAAGCAUAGUUUUUGUAUAACUGAAGCCUUUAGUGAGAGGUCCAAUGCAUUAAUAUUUAAUCAUUUCUGCCCUCUGAAUUCACAUUCUUUAUAUAAAUAGGCCCAUUUAAUUUUGCCUGGCUUGCCGUUCCAAAUAAAGUGGAAUAUAUUUUUCUCAUAUAAUUAACAAAACAAGUCGUUAGGUGUAGGCAGGGCCAUAAGUAAAUAGAUCAACUGGGAUAUGACUAAAGAAUUAAUCAGGGUGAAUUUUGUUUGUUGUCCUUUCCAUAGUAGCAAGAUUUUAUCUAACUUUUAAAAAUGUAUUGUAGUUAGAUAAUUUCAUUUGGGCAGACUUGAUACAAAAUAGUCCAGUAUUGCCACGCUUUACUGGAUCAAUCUGAAACUUUGCACAAACACUGCUUCCAUCUAGGCGCCAAAAUCAAAAUUGUGCCUAAACUGCAAUAUUAUAUUGCGGCCUUUCUCUUGCAUUUCAAAAAUGGAACCAAAAAUGAAAUAGAAAACAUUUUUUUUUUUUUUUAUAUUAUCUUUUACCAGAUCUAAUGUGUAUAUUCUCUUACAUUAAUUACACAUUUCCACAAACUUCAAUGUGUUUCCUUGAUAUGAUAUAAAAAAUAUGCAUAUCCUUGCUUCAGGUCUUGAGCUACAGGCAGUUAAAUUUGGGUAUGUCAUUUUAGGUGAAAAUUGAAAAAAAGGAUCCAAUCCUUAAGAGGUUAACCAACAUCUAGUACUAGCGAAUGGAACUUGGAUACCCCCUUCCCCCCAACAACCACAGGUCCCCCGUUGUGACCCAUUUUCCCAAGCACCUCUGUGCAAUCAGACCAUUUGAUUAUUCUGUGCUGCCAUGCCACAAUAAUAUACCCCCUCUCUGAUUGUCCGAGUGUGACUCCCUCCCCACGGGUUACUGCAGCCAGCGUUGCCAGCACAGCCCCUACCUGGGAGGGGGUACUCCACCGGAAUUCCCACCGGCAAGGUACGAGUUCGUGAAGGUUCUCAUUAGCAGCUUUGAGAAAUUAUUGUAUAUUAUGCUCACUCAUCCGGGUGCUUUGGCAUUUGAACCUACCCUGCCAGGCAGGCUCAGACUCUUGAGUGGGCGGUGCUGCUUUAGUGGGUCUCUGACUGCAUUCACCUUUCUGUCAUGGCUGCGUAGGCUACUUGCAGUAGGCCAAUAAAACGGUUAAGGACUUCUCCUUAGUGGGUGGGUAACUCAGGUGGUUGUCUAGGAUAUAGGGUUGGCACCAUUCCAUCAUGAUAGGACAAAACAUUAAAGCUAUAUAUUUGCAAUGUUAUUAAUAUCUGUGCAAAGGUGAAGACUCUCGCAGACACACAUGGGCUCUGGCAUUUGUAUCCAUUUCCCUUACUCACUCACUUAACUCAUCCCACUUUUCCAAUUACACAAAACACACAGGCACCCCAUCUUCCAACACACCUGCACUCCCCCUGCAUACACCCGUACAUACCCACAUACUGUGCCUUUUGUGUCCUCUGUUAGUGUUUUUAUUUCUACCUUGUUGAUUCCUGUUUAAUUUCGGGUUUUGGGUACUUUUGUGUUCCAGUUCCUUGUAUUUGGGGAUUCAUUAUUUCAUGAAUUGGCUAUCUUUUAUCUAUUUAUAAAUACUAUACAUAAAACAUAGAAUACAAACUAUUUUUACAACAUUCCUUAACUUUAAUAGUAUACAGUAGUGUAUUUAUAGCUUCUUUAUUAAUUGUUGUUGUUGACAAGCGGCAAUGAGUAAACACACAACAAAAGAGUUUCAAAUGGUUUUACUUUAGCUUUGUGUCUCUGGCGCUGUAGUCCACAAGCUGUUCAGGCAAGAGGGUGGUUAAAGAUGGCGGCCAACUGUAGUCUAUUGCGUCGGUGGCGGUGUGGCAUCAUAGGCAGAGUACGUAUCUCUCCUGAGGAGUCUGUGGAAGGAGAGAGAAACACAGUGUAAGUAGAGAGUAGGCACGCUCUGACUGUGUCUUCCUAACUGCUCCACUUGAGUGAGUCUGCACUCUUCUGCCAGUCAGUUGAUUAAAAUAUGACUUGCAGUUGUGCUGAUUAUUUAUCCUGCAUAGGUGUGUUGAUUGAGCAGACCUGUGGCGCUGUCGUCGGCUGGCCUGGUGAUGAAGGUAGUGCAGCCUUCCACAGUGAUGAACUGAGUGUCACUUUCCACUGUGCUGCAGCCAGUGCCGCUGUCCAUGGUGCUGCAAUGGGAGUCCUUACUCUCCGGAUUGUCACUUUGAUCCUCUUUAAUUACAGUAAGCACCAGAUUAUUGCGCAUUAAUCUAGUCUAUAUAUCAAGUAGGGAUUAUCUUAACAACUUGUUCUCUUUUUUAAGUUAAUUAGCGUCAGCUUCGAUAACAUUGACAGUACCCUUCGGCGUUUUUGUUUAUUUUUCCAGUGUUGCGGCUUUCUCAUCACUCAUUUCAAGGCUCGCCUUCAUCUCUUGUAUAUCUUUACUGACUAACUCAAGCACGCCUAAUUUAUCAUUUAUAGAUUUGAGCAGUUUGGUUUCCACACUUACGAUAGAGGGUGGUGAAAAUAAGUAAUCCUUGUCAGUCAAAGAGUCCCUUAGUUUUCUUUUAGAGUUUGGUUUUCCAUUCUUUCCGUGUUUACUCUCCGCCAUGUUUUAGUGUUGACUGCGUUGGUAGUGUUUGUCAAUAAAAUUCUCUAGCCUUACAAGUUGUUUUGAGUUAUUACCCAGUUUGGAUGUUGUUGCCCACAAGUGGGCAGAUCAGCGUAAAAGUAGUAUUAUUUAGUCAGUUUUAGGGACAUUCAUUUCUAAGCUUUUUCACGAGGCAUUUUGCACCGCCAUCUUCAGUCCGCCGUGCUACCUUACCUGUUGAUUUUUGGUGUGUAUUUGCAGUGUUCCUCGUCAAUUUGCUACGACCCCACUAGAGAGGUAAAUGAGCUAAGCUAAAGUUAGGCUGCUAACUAAAACUGUGGGGAGAAAAAACUGUGAUGGAGCUUUCUGAAAAGGAGAUAGAGAGACGACACUGCCACCUAGUAACGACCAAUGUAGGGAUUUAAUUAGAAGGAGCAACUUGAAACAUUUCGAGCCUUUGUGCGAGGGGAGGAUGUAUUGGCGGUCUUGCCAACGGGCUUUUGGGGAAAGCCUAAUUUACCAGUUAGCUAGCUAGUUCAGAUCUUCAAGAAGCUAGGAAAACUGCCUCCAAUUCUGACAGUCGUGUCCACUCUAAUGGUUGUGGUGGACGGACAACCAAAUCUGUGGGGCAACAGCACUGGGUCUCAGAGCGGUGGUUGUGGAGAAAGACAAGAACGCUAUAUGGGAAGGUGUAUGCAAUCUUGUCUUCGGAUGUCCAGAGAGAUGGUUGGGGAAGACUGGGACAGAUGAAUUGGCCUCAGUCCUAUACAGCUCCAAAAUCAUCGGAAUCGUUGUGGAUGAAGUCCAUAUGACCUACAUAUGGUAUAUACAAUGCCCUAGAACUGUACUUCGACGGUAUAGAAUAGCACUGCGAUGGCUACAUGUAAUGACCAGGGGAAUCCAGGUGAAAGCUAUGAUUCCCUAUUGAUCUCACCUGUUAAAUCCACUUAAAUCAGUGUACAUGAAGGGGAGGAAACAGGUUAAAGAAGGAUUUUUAAGCCUUGAGACAAUUGAGACAUGGAUUGUGUAUGUGUGCCAUUCUGAGGGUGACUGGGCAAGACAAAAUAUUGAAGUGCCUUUGAAUGGGGUAUUGUAGUAGGUGCCAGGCUGCUGGGUUUCCUGUGGGCAUCAAGAAUUGUCACCACCCAAAGGACAUCCAGCCAACUUACAGAACUGUGGGAAGCAUUGGAGUCAACAUGGGUCAGCAUCCCUGUGGAAUGCUUUCGACACCAUGUAGAGUCCAUGCCCCAAUGAAUUGAGGCUGUUCUAAGGGCAAAAGGGGGUGCAACUCAAUAUUAGCGAGGUGUUCCUAAUGUUUUGUGCACUCAGUGUAUGUAUGUUUAUAUACAGUACCAGUCAAACGUUUGGACACAUACUCAUUCAAGGGUUUUUCUUUAUUUUCUACAAUGUAGAAUAAUAGUGAAGACAUCAAAAACUAUGAAAAAACAUAUGGAAUCAUGUAGUAACCAAAAAAGUGUUAAACAAAUCCAAAUAUAUUUUAUAUUUGAGAUUCUUCAAAGUAGCCACCGUUUGCUUUAAUGACAGCUUUGCACACUCUUGGCAUUCUCUCAACCAGCUUCAUGAGGGAGUCACCUGGAAUGCAUUUCAAUUAACAGGUUGUCACGGAACCCCCCGGAACUGCUGCUCAUUCCGUUCACCAGCUCCGGAGGUCUACGUCACCGGUCUUCCAUAUGUGUUAUUUCAUAGUUUUGAUGUCUUCACUAUUAUUCUACAAUGUAGAAAAUAGUAAAAAAUAAAGAAAAACCCUUGAAUUUGUAGGUGUGUCCAAACUUUUCACUGGUACUGUGUAUAUAUAUAUAUAUACAGUGAGGGAAAAAGUAUUUGAUCCCCUGCUGAUUUUGUACGUUUGCCCACUGACAAAGACAUGAUCAGUCUAUAAUUUUAAUGGUAGGUUUAUUUGAAGAGUGAGAGACAGAAUAACAACAAAAAGAUCCAGAAAACGCAUGUAAAAAAUGUUAUGAAUUGAUUUGCAUUUUAAUGAGGGAAAUAAGUAUUUGACCCCCCUGCAAAACAUGACUUAGUACUUGGUGGCAAAACCCUUGUUGGCAAUCACAGAGGUCAGACGUUUCUUGUAGUUGGCCACCAGGUUUGCACACAUCUCAGGAGGGAUGUUGUCCCACUCCUCUUUGCAGAUCUUCUCCAAGUCAUUAAGGUUUCGAGCCUGACGUUUGGCAACUCAAACCUUCAGCUCCCUCCACAGAUGUUCUAUGGGAUUAAGGUCUGGAGACUGGCUAGGCCACUCCAGGACCUUAAUGUGCUUCUUCUUGAGCCACUCCUUUGUUGCCUUGGCCGUGUGUUUUGGGUCAUUGUCAAGCUGGAAUACCCAUCCACGACCCAUUUUCAAUGCCCUGGCUGAGGGAAGGAGGUUCUCACCCAAGAUUUGACGGUACAUGGCCCCGUCCAUCGUCCCUUUGAUGCGGUGAAGUUGUCCUGUCCCCUUAGCAGAAACUCCCCCCCAAAGCAUAAUGUUUGACGGUGGGGAUGGUGUUCUUGGGGUCAUAGGCAGCAUUCCUUCUCCUCCAAACACGGCGAGUUGAGUUGAUGCCAAAGAGCUCGAUUUUGGUCUCAUAUGACCACAACACGUUCACCCAGUUCUCCUCUGAAUCAUUCAGAUGUUCAUUGGCAAACUUCAGACGGGCCUGUAUAUGUGCUUUCUUGAGCAGGGGGACCUUACGGGCACUGCAGGAUUUCAGUCCUUCAUGGCGUAGUGUGUUACCAAUUGUUUUCUUGGUGACUAUGGUCCCAGCUGCCUUGAAAUCAUUGACAAGAUCCUCCCGUGUAGUUCUGGGCUGAUUCCUCACCGUUCUCAUGAUCUUUGCAACUCCACGAGGUGAGAUCUUGCAUGGAGCCCUGGGCCGAGGGAGAUUGACAGCCCUUUUGUGUUUCUUCCAUUUGCGAAUAAUCCCACCAACUGUUAUCACCUUCUCAACAAGCUGCUUGGUGAUGGUCUUGUAGCCCAUUCCAGCCUUGUGUAGGUCUACAAUCUUGUCCCUGACAUCCUUGGAGUGUUCUUUGGUCUUGGCCAUGGUGGAGAGUUUGGAAUCUGAUUGAUUGAUUGCUUCUGAGGACAGGUGUCUUUUAUACAGGUAACAAACUGAGAUUAGGAGCACUCCCUUUAAAAUUGUGCUCCCAAUCUCAGCUCGUUACCUGUAUAAAAGACACCUGGGAGGCAGAAAUCUUUCUGAUUGAGAGGGGUCAAAUACUUAUUUCCCUCAUUAAAAUGCAAAUCAAUUUAUAACAUUUUUGACAUGCGUUUUUUUGGAUUUUGUUGUUGUUAUUCUGUCCCUCACUGUUCAAAUAAACCUACCAUUAAAAUUAUAGACUGAUCAUUUCUUUUUCAGUGGGCAAACAAACAAAAUCAGCAGGGGAUCAAAUACUUUUUUCCCUCACUGUAUAUACAUACAUACAUGCAUGCAUGCAUGCAUACAUACAUACACUACCGUUCAAAAGUUUGGGGUCACUUAGAAAUGUCCUUGUUUUUGAAAAAAAUCAAUUUUUUGUCCAUUAAAAUCACAUCAAAUUGAUCAGAAAUACAGUGUAGACAUUGUUAAUGUUGUAAAUGGCUAAUGUAGCUGGAAACGGCUGAUUUUUUAUGGAAUAUCUACAUAGGCGUACAGAGGCCCAUUGUCAGCAACCUUCAGUCCUGUGUUCCAAUGGCACGUUGUGUUUGCUAAUCCAAGUUUAUCAUUUUAAAAGGCUAAUUGAUCAUUAGAAAACCCUUUUUCAAUUAUGUUAGCACAGCUGAAAACUGUUGUGUUGAUUAAAGAAGCAAUAAAACUAGCCUUCUUGAGACUAGUUGAGUAUCUGGAGCAUCAGCAAUUGUGGGUUCGAUUACAGGCUCAAAAUGGCCAGAAACAAAGAACUUUCUUCUGAAACUCGUCAGUCUAUUCUUGUUCUGAGAAAUGAAGGCUAUUCCAUGCGAGAAAUUGCCAAGAAACUGAAGAUCUCGUACAACGCUGUGUACCACGCAGAACAGCGCCGGAGAAGAUGGCUGCCGUUUUACAGCCCUCUAACCAAUUGUACUAUUAUGUGUGUUUUUCCGCGUUAUUUGUAAUUUAUUUUGUACAUAAUGUUUCUGCCAUCGUCUCUUAUAACCAAAAAGAGCUUCUGGAUAUCAGGACAGUGAUUACUCACCUCGCAUUGGACGAAGAUUUUUUCUUCAACGAGGCGGUCGCGAUGGAUAUCCUACAGACACCCGACAAGGCCCAGAUCCCCGUCAUUCGCGUGAGGAAGAGACGGAGAUAUCGCGGACGCAGAUCCGGGUGCCUUGUAAGGAUCCGACGGCGAGCGAGUAAACUGCCUCUCCCAUCAAUCCUAUUAGCCAACGUUCAAGCUUUUGAGAAUAAAAUGGACGAUUUAAGAUUACGGUUAUCCUACCAACGGGACAUUAAAAACUGUAAUAUCUUAUGUUUCACGGAGUCGUGGCUGAACGACAACAAUGAUAACAUUCAGCUAGCAGGCUAUACGCUACAUCGGCAGGACAGAACAUCUGACUCUGGUAAGACAAGGGGUGGCGGUCUCUGUAUAUUUGUAAACAACAGCUGGUGCACAAAAUCAAAUACUAAGGAAGUCUUGAGGUUUUGCUCGCCUGAGGUAGAGUAUCUUAUGAUAAGCUGUAGACCACACUAUUUACCAAGAGAGUUUUCAUCUAUAUUUUUCAUAGCUGUCUAUUUACCACCACAAACCAAUGCUGGCAUUAAGAUUGCACUGAAUGAGUUGUACAAGGCCAUUAAUCAACAGGAAAACGCUCAUCCAGAUGCAGCGCUCCUAGUGGCCGGGGACUUUAAUGCAGGGAAACUUAAAUCCGUUCUACCUAAUUUCUACCAGCAUGUUAAAUGUGCAACCAGAGGGAAAAAAACUCUAGACCACCUUUACUCCACACACAGAGACGCAUACAAAGCUCUCCCUCGCCCUCCAUUUGGCAAAUCUGACCAAAACUCUAUCCUCCUGAUUCCUGCUUAUAAGCAAAAACUGAAGCAGGAAGCACCAGUGAUUGGGUUAUUAAAAAAGUGGUCAGAUGACGCAGAUGCUAAGCUACAGGACUGUUUUGCUAGCACAGACUGGAACAUGUUCCGGGAUUCUUCAGACAGCAUUGAGGAGUACACCACAUCAGUCACUGGCUUCAUCAAUAAGUGCAUCGAUGAUGUCGUCCCCACAGUGACCGUACGUACAUACCCCAACCAGAAGCCAUGGAUUACAGGAAACAUCCACACUGAGCUAAAGGGUAGAGCUGCCGCUUUCAAGGAAUGGGACUCUAACCCGGAUGCUUAUAAGAAAUCCCGCUAUGACCUCCGACGAACCAUCAAACAGGCAAAGAGUCAAUACAGGUCUAAGAUUGAAUCAUACUACACUGGCUCUGACGCUCGUCGGAUGUGGCAUGGCUUGAAAACUAUUACAGACUACAAAGGGAAGCACAGCCGCGAGCUGCCCAGUGACACAAGCCUACCAGACGAGCUAAACCACUUCUAUGCUCGCUUCGAGGCAAGCAACACUGAAGCAUGCAUGAGAGCACCAGCUGUUCCGGAUGACUAUGUGAUCACGCUCUCCGUAGCCGAUGUGAGUAAGACUUUUAAGCAGGUCAACAUUCACAAGGCCGCAGGGCCAGACGGAUUACCAGGACGUGUACUCCGAGCAUGUGCUGACCAACUGGCAAGUGUCUUCACUGACAUUUUCAACAUGUCCCUGACUGAGUCUGUAAUACCAACAUGUUUCAAGCAGACCACCAUAGUCCCCGUGCCCAAGAACUCUAAGAUAACCUGCCUAAAUGACUACCGACCCGUAGCACUGACGUCUGUAGCCAUGAAGUGCUUUGAAAGACUGGUCAUGGCUCACAUCAACAGCAUAAUCCCAGAAACCCUAGACCCACUCCAAUUUGCAUACCGCCCCAACAGAUCCACAGAUGAUGCAAUCUCUAUCGCACUCCACACUGCCCUUUCCCACCUGGACAAGAGGAACACCGACGUGAGAAUGCUAUUCAUUGACUACAGCUCAGCAUUCAACACCAUAGUGCCCUCUAAGCUCAUCACUAAGCUAAGGAUCCUGGGACUAAACACCUCCCUCUGCAACUGGAUCCUGGACUUCCUGACGGGCCGCCCCCAGGUGGUAAGGGUAGGUAACAACACAUCUGCCACACUGAUCCUCAACACGGGGGCCCCUCAGGGGUGCGUGCUCAGUCCCCUCCUGUACUCUCUGUUCACCCAUGACUGCAUGGCCAGGCACGACUCCAACACCAUCAUUAAGUUUGCCGACGACACAACAGUGGUAGGCCUGAUCACUGACAACGAUGAGACAGCCUAUAGGGAGGAGGUCAGAGAUCUGGCCGUGUGGUGCCAGGACAACAACCUCUCCCUCAACGUGACCAAGACAAAGGAGAUGAUUGUGGACUACAGGAAAAAAAAGAGGACUGAGCACGCCCCCAUUCUCAUCGACGGGGCUGUAGUGGAACAGGUUGAGAGCUUCAAGUUCCUUGGUGUCCACAUCACCAACGAACUAUCAUGGUCCAAACACACCAAGACAGUCGUGAAGAGGGCACGACAAAGCCUAUUCCCCCUCAGGAGACUAAAAAGAUUUGGCAUGGGUCCUCAGAUCCUCAAAAAAUUCUACAGCUGCACCAUCGAGAGCAUCCUGACUGGUUGCAUCACCGCCUGGUAUGGCAACUGCUUGGCCUCUGACCGCAAGGCACUACAGAGGGUAGUGCGUACGGCCCAGUACAUCACUGGGGCAAAGCUCCCUGCCAUCCAGGACCUCUAUACCAGGCGGUGUCAGAGGAAGGCCCUCAAAAUUGUCAAAGACUCCAGCCACCCUAGUCAUAGACUGUUCUCUCUGCUACCGCACGGCAAGCGGUACCGGAGUGCCAAGUCUAGGUCCAAAAGACUUCUCAACAGCUUCUACCCCCAAGCCAUAAGACUCCUGAACAGCUAAUCAUGGCUACCCGGACUAUUUGCACUGCCCCCCCACCCCAUCCUUUUUACGCUGCUGCUACUCUGUUAAGUAUUUAUGCAUAGUCACUUUAACUCUACCCACAUGUACAUAUUACCUCAACUACCUCAACUAGCCGGUGCCCCCGCACAUUGACUCUGCAACGGUACCCCCCUGUAUAUAUAGCCUCCCUACUGUCACUUUAUUUUACUGUAUAUAUAGCCUCCCUAAUGUCACUUUAUUUUACUUCUGCUCUUUUUUUCUCAACACUUUUUUUGUUGUUGUUUUAUUCUUACUUUUUUUGUUUAAAAUAAAUGCACUGUUGGUUAAGGGCUGUAAGUAAGCAUUUCACUGCAAUGUCUGCACCUGUUGUAUUCGGCGCAUGUGACCAAUACAAUUUGAUUUGAUUUGAUUUGACUACUCCCUUCACAGAACAGCGCAAACUGGCUCUAACCAGAAUAGAAAGAGGAGUGGGAGGCCCCAGUGCACAACUGAGCAAGAGGACAAAUACAUUAGAGUGUGUAGUUUGAGAAACAGACGCCUAACAGGUCCUCAACUGGCAAGCUUCAUUAAAUAGUACCCGCAAAACACCAGUCUCAACAUCAACAGUGAAGAGGUGACUCCGGGAUGCUGACCUUUUAGGUAGAGUUGCAAAGAAAAAGCCAUAUCUCAGACUGGCCAAUAAAAAUUAAAGAUUAAGAUGGGCAGUUGGAGAUAUGGCUUUUUCUUUAGCUACAGACAACAAACACUAUUGCAUUUUAUCGAUGGCAAUUUGAAUGCACAGAGAUACCGUGACGAGGUCCUGAGGCCCAUUGACGUGCCAUUCAUCUUGUAUUCGUCUACUUUUAUUUGUGAGAGGUAUUAACAUGUUGAAAGCGCCGAGCUGUCUGUUUAAACGAGUUGCACACAGCUCAGAUACCCAUGCAUUCCCCACAAAACAUUCCACCAAAGGUCUCUUCACAGUCCCCAAGUCCAGAACAGACUAUGGGAAGCGACUAUGGGAAGCGCACAGGACUACAUAGAGCAAUGACUACAUGGAACUCUAUUCCACAUCAGGUAACUGAUGCAAGCAGUAUAAUCAAUUUUUUUUAAAUUUAUAAAAAGACACCUUAUGGAAUAGCGGGGAUUGUGAAGCAACACAAACAUAGGCACAGACACAUGCAUACACACACAUGAUAACAUACACACUAUACAAACACGUACACAUGGAUUUUGUGUUGUAGAUACAGUGGGGAAAAAAAGUAUUUAGUCAGCUACCAAUUGUGCAAAUUCUCCCACUUAAAAAGAUGAGAGAGGCCUGUAAUUUUCAUCAUAGGUACACGUCAACUAUGACAGACAAAAUGAGAAAAAUAAUUCCAGAAAAUCACAUUGUAGGAUUUUUAAUGAAUUUAUUUGCAAAUUAUGGUGGAAAAUAAGUAUUUGGUCAAUAACAAAAGUUUCUCAAUACUUUGUUAUAUACCCUUUGUUGGCAAUGACACAGGUCAAACGUUUUCUGUAAGUCUUCACAAGGUAUUCACACACUGUUGCUGGUAUUUUGGCCCAUUCCUCCAUGCAGAUCUCCUCUAGAGCAGUGAUGUUUUGGGGCUGUCGCUGGGCAACACAGACUUUCAACUCCCUCCAAAGAUUUUCUAUGGGGUUGAGAUCUGGAGACUGGCUAGGCCACUCCAGGACCUUGAAAUGCUUCUUACGAAGCCACUCCUUCGUUGCCCGGGUGGUGUGUUUGGGAUCAUUGUCAUGCUGAAAGACCCAGCCUCGUUUCAUCUUCAAUGCCCUUGCUGAUGGAAGGAGGUUUUCACUCAAAAUCUCACGAUACAUGGCCCCAUUCACUCUUUCCUUUACACGGAUCAGUCGUCCUGGUCCCUUUGCAGAAAAACAGCCCCAAAGCAUGAUGUUUCCACCCCCAUGCUUCACAGUAGGUAUGGUGUUCUUUGGAUGCAACUCAGCAUUCUUUGUCCUCCAAACACGACGAGUUGAGUUUUUACCAAAAAGUUCUAUUUUGGUUUCAUCUGACCAUAUGACAUUCUCCCAAUCCUCUUCUGGAUCAUCCAAAUGCACUCUAGCAAACUUCAGACGGGCCUGGACAUGUACUGGCUUAAGCAGGGGGACACGUCUAACACUGCAGGAUUUGAGUCCCUGGCGGCGUAGUGUGUUACUGAUGGUAGGCUUUGUUACUUUGGUCCCAGCUCUCUGCAGGUCAUUCACUAGGUCCCCCCGUGUGGUUCUGGGAUUUUUGCUCACCGUUCUUGUGAUCAUUUUGACCCCACGGGGUGAGAUCUUGCGUGGAGCCCCAGAUCGAGGGAGAUUAUCAGUGGUCUUGUAUGUCUUCCAUUUCCUAAUAAUUGCUCCCACAGUUGAUUUCUUCAAACCAAGCUGCUUACCUAUUGCAGAUUCAGUCUCUGCAGGUCUACAAUUUUGUUUCUGGUGUCCUUUGACAGCUCUUUGGUCUUGGCCAUAGUGGAGUUUGGAGUGUGACUGUUUGAGGUUGUGGACAGGUGUCUUUUAUACUGAUAACAAGUUCAAACAGGUGCCAUUAAUACAGGUAACGAGUGGAGGACAGAGGAGCCUCUUAAAGAAGAAGUUACAGGUCUGUGAGAGCCAGAAAUCUUACUUGUUUGUAGGUGACCAAAUACUUAUUUUCCACCAUAAUUUGCAAAUAAAUUCAUUAAAAAUCCAACAAUGUGAUUUUCUGAAUUUGUUUUCCUCAAUUUGUCUGUUAUAGUUGACGUGUACCUAUGAUGAAAAUUACAGGCCUCUCUCAUCUUUUUAAGUGGGAGAACUUGCACAAUUGGUGGCUGACUAAAUACUUUUUUUCCCCACUGUAUGUGGUAGUGGAGUAUGGGCCUGAGGACACACACUUAGUGUGUUGUGAAUUCUGUUAUGAAUGUAUUGUACUGUUUUUAAAAUUAAUUUUGCCGGACCCCAGGAAGAGUAACUGCUGCCUUGGCAGCAGCUAAUGGGUACAAAUAUCUACCUCAAAUACCUUGUAACCCUGCACAUUGAUCUGGAACUGGUACUCCUUGUAUAUAGCUUUAUUCUUGGGUAUUUUAUUCCUCGUCAAAACAUUAAAGGAACAGUUGUCUCCAUGUCUCGUCCGUACAUGGUAGGAGUACUCUGUCCCGCGGAGUUCAUCCCAUUGGCUGGGGGAGGAGGGUAGGCAUAGGCCCCAUUGGCCAUAUAUUGUCCAGAGAAUCUACCAAUUUUCCUUCCUGACGAAAUUGCUAGAAAUUACCGGGUUUCCCGAUUUUCCCGUUCAAACCAAAAGUGCUAUUUAAAAGCAUAUAAUACCAGCAAAUAACAUCUGACAUGAUUAUACCACUCUAAAUGGAGAAAUAUGCACAAUCUAAAGGGUUCUUAUUGUAUUUGUUGCAAUUUAAUCAACUCAAUGUUCCCUCAGUCACAUUUUUACAUUUGUCAUUUUAGCAGACGCUCUUAUCCAGAGCGACUUACAGUUAGUGAGUGCAUACAUUUUCAUACUACACACUAUUUCAUUGAUGUAGCCUAGUUUUAACAGGCCUAUGAUGCACUGAUGGCCGAAGGGUCAAAUAUGAGGUUAUUACAGUAAAAAUUAUUUUUAGCCUACCUUUGAAAGAAGCAUUUUGGUCCUUUUCUCUCCCCUUGCACCUGGCUAUCGAGGACAUUUGGGAAGGUUGUGUCUGUUUAUACUUUGCUUAUUGUGAUGAUUUUGUCUGAGGAAACAAAUCUGAAUCUCCAAUAAUCAAACAGAAAGUUUUAAACUGUCAAGAGGAGUGAAACAAGGUUGUCCACUAUCUGCAUAUCUAUUUAUUAUGGCCAUCGAGAUGUUAGCUAUUAAAAUCAGAUCCAACAAUAAUAUCAAGAGAUUAGAAGUCCAGGUCUUAAAAACAAAGGUGUCAUUGUAUGCUGAUGAUUCAUGUUUUCUUUAAAAUACACAACUUGAAUCCCUCCACAGCCUCAUAGAGGAUCUAGAUACAUUUUCUAACCUCUCUGGAUUAUAAACAAAUUAUGAUAAAUGUACUAUAUUACGUAUUGGUACACUAAAAAAUAACCAUUUUACAUUACCAAUAAAAUGGUCUGAUGGUGAUGUGGAUAUACUCGGAAUACAUAUCCCAACUGAAUUAAAUGAUCUCUCUCCAAUACAAAAAUCACCCUGAUUAACUCUUUAGUAUUAUCCCAGUUUACCUAUGUGCUUAUGGUCUUGCCUACGCCUAGCAAACAGUUUUUUAAAAUUCUAUGAGAAAACAAUAUUCCAUUUUAGUUGGAACGGCAAGCCAGACAAAAUUAAAUGAAUAUGAUUUCCGAGGACAGAAAUUAUUAAAUAUUAAAGCAUUAGACCUAUCACUAGAAGCUUCAGUCAUACAAAAGUUAUACUUAAAUGCGAACUGGUUCUCUAGCAAAUUAGUAAGAUUGUCUCACCCAAUGUUCAAGAAUUGCCUUUUUCCCUUUAUUCAGAUUACAACCUCUCACUUUCAGUUAUUUGAAAAGGAAAUUAUCUCCCAAAUAUCACUAUUUCUAAAACAAGCCAUAGAAAGUUGGUUGCAAUUUCAAUUUAAUCCUCCAGAAACGACAGAACAAAUAAUGCAACAAAUAUUGUGGUUAAACUCAAAUAUACUAAUUGAUAAAGAAAACAUAAUUUUUUGAAAAUAUGUUUAAAAAAGGUGUAAUCUUCGUAAAUGAUAUCAUAGGUAGGACUGGUGUCACGGUUUCGGCCGAGGCUGCUCCUCCUCCUGGUUCGGGCAGGCUUCGGCGUUCGUCGUCCCCGGAAUACUAGCUGCCACCGUUGUAUGUUUCGUGUGUUGAUUGCUUUGGUCUGUCUGGUACACCUGUGUCUGUUUGUGUCCUAAUUACGUGUCCUAUAAGUUCCCUGUUUUGUGUGAGUUAGAUUGUGUGUUGUUGUUCGCCUGUCGUUGUGCUGCGUGUUUUGUUUCUUGUUUGUUGUUUUAGUGUUUUACGCUGUUUGCGUAAAUGCUCGCCUCAUAUUGUUUUUGAGGUAGUUUGUUUACCGUUUCCUUUUGGAGUAUUAAGUAAUCUCUGUUGGACUGAGCCUCGGUGUCCUGCGCCUGACUUCCACACCACAUACACCUCACCACAUGACAACUGGUGUAGUUAUGUCGCACAUGCAGCUAACAAAAACAUAUGGAAAUGUCUGCUCUACCCAAAAUUACAACCAAAUAAUUGCAGCAUUACUGCAAAAAUGGAAGAGGAAACUGGAAGGGGGAAAAAGUAAGGAACUUGUCUGUCGGCCUUGCAUUAAAGAACAUAAUAGGUUAAAGAAAACUGUGAUAAAUAAAAAAAGUAUACCAGUUUCAUUUAAGGACCAAAGGAUUGACAGCCGUCCCAUAUAGAUUGCAAAAUAGUUGGGAAGAGAUUUUUGACAUACCGAUCCCAUGGCAUAGUGUUUAUGAACUGAUAUGCAAAUAUGCAAAAUGACGCCGGAUUCAAAACUUAGAAUUUUUCAAUUUAAAUUAUUAUAUACAUUUCUUGCUACCAAUAGAAUGUUAUUCAUAUUGGGGAUACAAUCUUCCCAGCUCUGCAGAUUUUGCUGCGAAGAGACAGAAUCAUUAGAUCAUUUGUUUUGGUACUGUCCAUUUGUAGCUUGUUUCUGGACACAGGUCCAGGAAUAGCUGUCACGUUCGUUUACAGACGGGUCAGACCAAGGCGCAGCGUGAUAUGCAUACAUGUUUAUUUAAAGGAAUAAACAACAGACAAAACGUGAAGUCCAAGGCAGCACAACACAACAUACCUUAACUGGAACGAGAUCCCACAACCCACUAGUGUCAAUAGGCUACCUAAGUAUGGUCCCCAAUCAGAGUCAACGAGCGACAGCUGCCUCUGAUUGGGAACCACACCGGCCAACAUAGAUCUAGACGAUCUAGAUCUAAACCUAGAAAACAUACCACACAUGUAUAAGCUGAAAGUAGAGGCCUAAGCAUUGUUGUUCACUAGUUUACUCCAAUUGGGGAAGUGGUGGUGGGGUUGGAAAGUAAUAAAGGGAAAUAUAUAUGUAUGUAUAUAUGUAUGCAUGUAUGUAUAUGUAUGUAUUUAUGUGUGUAUAUAUACAGUGGGGGGAAAAAAGUAUUUAGUCAGCCACCAAUUGUGCAAGUUCUCCCACUUAAAAAGAUGAGAGAGGCCUGUAAUUUUCAUCAUAGGUACACGUCAACUAUGACAGACAAAAUGAGAAAAAAAAUCCAGAAAAUCACAUUGUAGGAUUUUUUAUGAAUUUAUUUGCAAAUUAUGGUGGAAAAUAAGUAUUUGGUCACCUACAAACAAGCAAGAUUUCUGGCUCUCACAGACCUGUAAUUUCUUCUUUAAGUGGCUCCUCUGUCCUCCACUCGUUACCUGUAUUAAUGGCACCUGUUUGAACUUGUUAUCAGUAUAAAAGACACCUGUCCACAACCUCAAACAGUCAUACUCCAAACUCCACUAUGGCCAAGACCAAAGAGCUGUCAAAGGACACCAGAAAUAAAAUUGUAGACCUGCACCAGGCUGGGAAGACUGAAUCUGCAAUAGGUAAGCAGCUUGGUUUGAAGAAAUCAACUGUGGGAGCAAUUAUUAGGAAAUGGAAGACAUACAAGACCACAGAUAAUCUCCCUCGAUCUGGGGCUCCACGCAAGAUCUCACCCUGUGGGGUCAAAAUGAUCACAAGAACGGUGAGCAAAAAUCCCAGAACCACACGGGGGGACCUAAUGAAUGACCUGCAGAGAGCUGGGACCAAAGUAACAAAGCCUACCAUCAGUAACACACUACGCCGCCAGGGACUCAAAUCCUGCAGUGCCAGAUGUGUCCCCCUGCUUAAGCCAGUACAUGUCCAGGCCCAUCUGAAGUUUGCUAGAGUGCAUUUGGAUGAUCCAGAAGAGGAUUGGGAGAAUGUCAUAUGGUCAGAUGAAACCAAAAUAUAACUUUUUGGUAAAAACUAAACUCGUCGUGUUUGGAGGACAAAGAAUGCUGAGUUGCAUCCAGAGAACACCAUACCUACUGUGAAGCAUGGGGGUGGAAACGUCAUGCUUUGGGGCUGUUUUUCUGCAAAGGGACCAGGACGACUGAUCCGUGUAAAGGAAAGAAUGAAUGGGGCCAUGUAUCGUGGACAGGGAUGUAGCUCAGUUGGUAGAGCAUGGCGUUUGCAACGCCAGGGUUGUGGGUUCAAUUCCCACGGGGGGCCAGUAUAAUUUUUUAUUUUUUUUAAAGAAUGCAUUUUUUUUUAAAGAAUGCAGUAUUUAAAAAAUACUUUUUUUCCCCACUGUAUGAUUUAGCUGAUGGCUUUCAAAGUUCAAUACAGAACUGUAAUGUUAACCAGCUAGCUAACUUACUCAGCUAGUCCAGCUAGGCUAGCAAGCUAGCUAACAUUAUGUUACCACUAAUUGAGAAUCUUAUGUUUUGUUGUGAAGGAAAAAAAGUUGAUAGUAUCGCAUCACUUCACAGCUGUCGUCAAAAUGGAUUCCAUCUGAUAAUCUUUGUUCACUGCAUCAAUCUUGAUUGCCGCAAGCCACUAGCAGAAUCGGGGUGAAUCGCUGGUAUGUAGAACGGUGAAAGAUAACUCAUUUUUAAGCUUGUUUGUAAUUAGCACAGCCAGGCACAGAACACCACACAGGCUUGAUGACGAAAAUAUGUGAAAAACUAAUGUUUUCAAAAAAAUCUUCCCUAGAGAAGUUCUGAGAUUACUGUGUGUUGGUCGUUCGAAGUAAACAACGCCAUUAUUCAAGUUUGUGGACACGCCCUCUCUACCUUGCGGGUGGUAUCAGCAUUCGCUAUGAAUGCCGGACUUUGUGGUUCACUAUGAGCAGACGAAUACACAGGGAGUCGAAACUUCCCAAUUCUACCAUUCAAAAGAAAAUGUGCAAGUUCUAGCUUGUGGUUUAGAUAAUUGUGAUGUUUAUGAUAAAAACAUAAUGUUGUUAAUAUAGUAAUGACUAUAUGCCGUGGCACAGCCAGGGUGAAAUUCCCCUUUAAUAGUAGCAGAGCUUUCGGUCAGUCAACCUUCAUCAGAGCCCUACACAGGAAAGAAUAGGAGAGAGGGAAAGAGUGUCUCCUUCAACUGCAACGUUUUCAGCCAGUGUAGGGCUACUGGUACAAGAAAAGAUACAUGGCAGAAAUCGGGCACUCUUUCUUACACCUACUCAGUUGUCUCUGAUCUGCAAGGAGGAAUAAGAGAGUGCCAACUUAUCGGAAUGAAAUGCAGGUCCUUCAAGACUGUUGGAAAAGCAUUCCAGAUGAAGCUGGUUGAGAGAAUGCCAAGCGUGUGUAAAGCUGUCAAAAAAGGGAAAGGGUGGCUAUUUGAAGAAUCUCAAAUACAAAAUAUUGUUUGAUUUGUUUAACAGUUGUUGGGUUACUACAUGAUUCCAUAAGUGUUAUUUCAUAGUUUGAUGUCUUCACUUUUUUUCUACAAUGUAAAAAAUAGAAAAAAUUAUGAAUAACCCUUGAAUAAGUAGGUGUGUCCAAACUUUUGACUGGAAAUGUACAGUUGAAUCCGGAAGUUUACAUACACUUAGGUUGGAGUAAAUAAAACUAGUUUUUCAACCACUCCACACAUUUCUUGUUAACAAACUAUAGUUUUGGCAAGUCGGUUAGGACAUCUACUUUGUGCAUAACACAAGUAAUUUUUCCAACAAUUGUUACAGACAGAUUAUUUCACUUAUAAUUCACUGUAUCACAAUUCCAGUGGGUCAGAAGUUUACAUACACUAAGUUCACUUUGCCUUUAAAGAGCUUGGAAAAUUCCAGAAAAUUAUGUCAUGGCUUUAGAAGCUUCUGAUAGGCUAAUUGACAUAAUUUGAGUCAAUUGGAGGUGUACCUGUGGAUGUAUCUCAAGGCCUACCUUCAAACUCAGUGCCUCUAUCCUUGACAUCAUGGAAAUAUCAAAAGAAAUCAGCCAAGACCUCAGAAAAAAUAUUGUAGACCUCCACAAGUCUGGUUCAUCCUUGGGAGCAAUUUGCAAAUGCCCGAAGGUACCACGUUCAUCUGUACAAACAAUAGUACGCAAGUAUAAACACCAUGGGACCGAGCAGCUGUCAUACCGCUCAGGAAGGAGACGCGUUCUAGAGAUUAACGUACUUUGGUGCGAAAAGUGCAAAUCAAUCCCAGAUCAACAGCAAAGGACCUUGUGAAGAUGCUGGAGGAAACAGGUGCAAAAGUAUCUAUAUCCACAGUAAAACAAGUCCUAUAUCAACAUAACCUGAAAGGUCGCUCAGCAAGGAAGAAGCCACUGCUCCAAAACCGCCAUUAAAAAGCCAGACUACGGGUUGCAACUGCACAUGGGGACAAAGAUCGUACUUUUUGGAGAAAUGUGCUCUGGUCUGAUGAAACAAAAACAGAACUGUUUGGCCAUAAUGACCAUCAUAUGUUUGGAGGAAAAAGGGGGAACUUUCAAGCCGAAGAACACCAUCCCAACCGUGAAGCACGGGGGUGGCAGCAUCAUGCUGUGUGGGUGCUUUGCUGCAGGAGGGACUGGUGCACUUCACAAAAUAGAUGGCAUCAUGAGGAAGGAAAAUUAUGUGGAUAUAUUGAAGCAACAUCUCAAGACAUCAGUCAGGAAGUUAAAGCUUGGUCGCAAAUGGGUCUUCCAAAUGGACAAUGACCCCAAGCAUACUUCCAAAGUUGUGUCAAAAUGGCUUCAGGACAUCAAGUCAAGGUAUUGGAGUGUCCAUCACAAAGCCCUGACCUCAAUCCUAUAGAAAAUGUGAGGGCAGAACUGAAAAAGUGUGUGCGAGCAUGGAGGCCUACAAACCUGACUCAGUUACACCAGUUCUGUCAGGAGGAAUGGGCCAAAAUUCACCCAACUUAUUGUGGGAAGCUUGUGGAAGGCUACCCAAAACGUUUGACCCAAGUUAAACAAUUUAAAGGCAAUGCUACCAAAUACUAAUUGAGUGUAUGUUAACUUCUGACCCACUGGGAAUAUGAUGAAAGAAAUAAAAGCUGAAAUAAAUCAUUCUCUCUACACUUAUUCUGACAUUUCACAUUCUUAAAAUAAAGUGGUGAUCCUAACUGACCUAAGACAGUGAAUUUUUACUAGGAUUAAAUGUCAGGAAUUGUGAAAAACUGAGUUUAAAUGUAUUUGGCUAAGGUGUAUGUAAACUUCCGACUUCAACUGUACAUGCCAAAAAAAAUCUUAUUUUCUGGUGUUCCUAAUUUUUGUGUUGUGCUCCAAACUUUUUUAAGUUGGGAGCACCAGUGCUACCAAUGAAAACAGUUAAUUUAGAACCCUGGCUGUAGGCUUCAUGUUCCAACUUAUUCUUUGUGUGUUUAUGUGUUUGUGUGUGUGUGUGCGUGUGUACAUGUAGUUUAUUCAUGUAUGUAAUUAAAGCUGGAUGUAAAACAAAUGGUGUGGGACAUCACGAUUCAUCUUGACAACAGACUACAUCUGAAGUCUGAAAACUUCUGUGUGAUGUCCCUUUAAAGAAGACUGUAAAUGUUAUUGUUUCUCUUGAAAAUCAGACAACAAUCACGUACAAAAACCCAAAGUGACGGUCUACCCAGCAUCCAAACCUGAGCCAAAUGUGAAGACCACCCUGCUAUGUCUGGCUAGAGACAUGUUUCCAGACUUGGUCAAGAUCUCAUGGGAGAUGGAGGAUGCAAACGGCCGAACAGUGGAGGUGCCCAAAGCAGAGAGGGAAGAGCUGGAGCAGAGGGAGGAAGGACAGACGACCAGUAUGAUCAUCAUUGAAAAAGAGAAGGCGUACAGGAACAAAUACAUCUGUUCUGUGGAGCAUGAAGGGGUCCCUCAAUAUGUUGACAUACCAAAAGGUAAAGCCAGUCUUCUAAAAGGUUUUUCAGUAGUAUGUAGGCCUAUUAUGUUUUUCAUACGUCAUUAUUCAUUUAAUAUUUAUGUAAUAUAUUUAUAUGAGUAGGUUUUCAUGUAUUCAACCAUGUAAAAAUGACAUAGGCCUAUUAUCUUUUCAAAGUAAAAAAGAAAGUAGAUACAAAUUGGACUCACACUUGCAUAGGAAUGUUGUGUAGUUAGUUUAAACAAAACAACCUUUUUUUUUGCUUAACAAUUAUCCCUGACAGUAGCCUACAUAAUGCUCUGAUGCUCUAAUGCUACACUUAAUGUGAUAUUUUUCCAUCUCAUUCUCAGAUAAACCAACAGAAGCUCCUCCAACCACCAUGGCUGCACCAACCUGUCUGUUCAGAAAUGACACGCAGGAGCCACUGACUCUGCAUCUUACCGACGAUAGAAUUUAUGUGUAUUUCAUGCAGGGUUGGGGUCAAUUCAAAACAACAAUUUAGAAAAGAAAGAACAUUUAAUCAUAAGUGGUUGUAUAAAUGAACCGAUUUAGAAAGGUAUUAAAUCUGAUUGCGCUUUGUCACCAUUGCACGUUUUGGAGAACGCAUUCAUGGUAAACGCUGCUUAUGUCUGCUCAUUUGGAAAUUACCUAUAAGGGCGCAUUCACAUAUCUUCUUAUGAUCCGGAUCCUGGAGCAUUUAGUAGUAUACCCUGAUCCGCGCUACGAAGUAUGUGUGAAACACAAACUAACCCGGGCUGAAACGCAGUAGUGGUGCGUUGGUAAAAUCAUUGGGGAAGCCAAGCCCCCCCUCCACCUCCCAAAAAAUGGCAUAUUACAACCUAUGUGUUGUGAUAAUUGUGUUGUUUGCUCUAUAACCUGUUAAUUCAUAUGCCUUGCUACCGUAAUAUAUAGUCCUAAAGGCCGAGACAAUAAGAAGACACAGUGGCAGAAUAAAUUCAACCACACCUUGGUUUUAGCAGUAAACCGGAUAGUAACCUAUAUCAAGUGAAGUCCACAAAGCAUAUUGCAUGUACAGUAACAGACAGUUACAUGACCUACAGCAUGGUCAAGCAAGUUAAUGUUUCUGACAUUUUCGGACCACUAAACAACUAUUGAUUUAGAAAACAGGAGCUGCCUCCACUAUUCCAGCCCCAUUUCAACUUCAACAUUUCAACAUUGUCAAAUCACCUCUGCUUAAUCUAAUACAGACAACUUAAAGAUACCAAAAACAAUUUAAUCCAAUCAACGUAAGCUAAAUAUGAUGUGGCUGUCCAUGGUUCUGAUUUCUGUGUGCAUGCGUAUGUGUGUGCGCAUUCGUGCAAGUAGAAAAACAUGUUGACUCACCCUACUGGUAGAGAAACGCCAAUGCCAUUGUCACGUUCGUUCAUGAACGGGUCAGACUAAGGCGCAGCGUGAUAUGCAUACAUGUUUAUUAGACUUAUAAACACAACGACAAAACAAGAAACGAAACGUGAAGUCCAAGGUACACAAACAACAUACCUAACAUGGAACACGAUCCCACAACCCACAUGUUGUGACAGGAACAGGCCGGACCGGGCUGGCGACGCGCACUACUGGCUUGGUGCGAGGGGCAGGAACAGGCCGGGCUGGCGACGCUUACCACUGGCUUGGUGCGAGGGGCAGGAACAGGCCGGGCCGGGCUGGCGACGCGCACCACUGGCUUGGUGCGAGGGGCAGGAACAGGCCGGGCCGGGCCGGGCCGGGCUGGCGACGCGCACCACUGUCUUGGUGCGAGGAGCAGGAACGGGCCGGGCUGGCGACGUGCACCACUGGCUUGGUGCGAGGAGCAGGAACGUGCCGGACCGGACUGCGAAGGCGGACUGGAGGUCAUGAGUGGAGAGCUGGCACAACCCGUCCUGGCUGGCUACCCACUUUCGCACUACACGUGUGGGGCGCUGGCACAGGACGCACUGGGCUGUGCACGCGUACUGGCGAUACAGCUCGUAGAACCGGCGCAGGAUAUGCGGGACCGAGGAGACGUACUGGAGACCAGGAGCGUUGAGCCGGCACACCCCGUCCUGGCUGGAUGCCCAUCUUCGCAUGGCACGUGUGUGGUGCUAGCACAGGACGUACAGGACUGUGCCGGCACACUGGCAACACAGUACGUAGCUCCGCAUAACACGGAGCCUGCCCAGUCACACGCCUCCUCGCGUGAGUACGGGAGUUGGCUCUGCUCUAACGCUAGGCUCCGCCAACCACCCUGUUAGCCCCCAAACAUUUUUUUAUUGGGACUGUCUCUCGGGCUUCCUCCUCGACCGGCGUCCUCUGUAUUGCCGUUGCUCCUCUCCUGCCUGGGCAUCUACCUUCGCCCAUGGCCCUUUCCCCGCGAAUAUCUCUUCCCAUGACCACAAUUUGCCCACCUGUGACAUGGCUAUUUGCUCUUCCUGGGCACGCUGCUUGGUCCUCAUAAGGUGGGAACUUCUGUCACGUUCGUUCAUGAACGGGUCAGACUAAGGCGCAGCGUGAUAUGCAUACAUGUUUAUUAGACUUAUAAACACAACGACAAAACAAGAAACGAAACGUGAAGUCCAAGGUACACAAACAACAUACCUAACACGGAACAAGAUCCCACAACCCACAAGUGUCAAUAGGCUGCCUAAGUAUGGUCCCCAAUCAGAGACAACGAGCGACAGCUGCCUCUGAUUGGGAACCACACCGGCCAACAUAGAUCUAGACGUACUAGAUCUAAACCUAGAAAAUACAACAUAGAACAUCACAACAUAGAAAGUCACACCCUGACUCAACAAAUAAGAGUCCCCAGAGUCAGGGCAUGACAGCCAUCCUCCUCUGUUUCAUGUUGAAGAAACAGUCUAUCACUCUGUAAUAUAUUACAUGCUUUUACUUUCUGUUGUCCUAGGCUAUCUGGCUAAAAUGCUUGCUCGCUAGCCUAACUUCCAUUCAUGGGCAACGUUAGCAUUAGCCUUCUACAUCUAGCUACUUAUUGAACUUCCAUCCUCUCAGGCCAGGGGCACAACAAUGUAUGAAUUCAUGGUUGGAUCAGAAUCGCCGUUAUAAUCAUUGGCCAGUACAGUGACUUAAUAAAAUCACAAGUCCAAAUCCCUAUCUCCAUCCAUGGCUAAUGUAGGAAAGAGACAAUUUUAGCUAGCUGGCUAGCUAGCCACCAAAGAACAACAACACAACGAGAUGCAACAAUUCAAGAUUUUCUGUCAAUUACAUAUGCUCUCAAUGGGAUUUGAUAGGAGUUUCACAUUCACAGUUGAGCUCACUCAGUUUAAUACUUUUUUGUCAAGGGAGGCCAGAUGAUCGCUGGCUUCCCUUGCCUUCAAUGCUACGGGCGGCAACUAUGUAAUACUCGUUUGGACCAGACAGCAUCAGAUAGAUGGCCUACACGCAGAGAGACAGAGGGGUGCUGUUUCGCUCGCCUGGAUACAUUCUGCCUCUUUCGAAUUGAAAUUAAAUCAGUUCCUUUCUUGAGUUGGGCUCUGGGAUUUAACAACCGUUGAGCAUCUGAUCUUAUGGUUGAUUGUGGAGGAAAGGGGUUGAGUAUGUGCGUGUGUUUAUCCCACAUCUGUUGCAAGGGGGUAAGGAUGUUAGGGAGAAUAUAGGAUGAACCACAAUAAUUGUUUGCUAAAAUAAUAAUUGCUUGUCAAAAAUGUACUGUAAUACAAUGGCAAUCCGGGUUAUAGGUUAAAAUCCUACGCAUGAACUGCCAACAUUAUUACGCAUAUUAAUUGAUAAUGAUGGAAAAUAAGAUAUGUAAGAUAUUUGAAUAGAUAUAUAUUUUAAAAUAGCUAUAUAUAUAUAUAUAUUGAGGUGAGAGCAUUGGAAAUGCUUUUGGCGGUUGACCUGCUUCUGUUUUGUGGGUGGCACUGUGUGCUGUUUUCGAUGGAUGGGUCCUGGCCUCUCGGGGGCCUAGGGAUCCGGGGGGACGGGGGUGGUAUGCCGAUCACUGGGUUGUAGGCCCAACUUGAGAACAAUUGGAGGGUUACUUAGUAGCAAUGCAAAUAUCAUGGUACAGCUAUAUGGACACUCAAUCAUUAUGGUAUUUUUUAUUGGUACAUUUACAAACAUAUUAAAAAUAAAUAGAUUUGAAACUUGUAUCUCAUUAUGGUAUGUUGUGAAAUAAGUAUAGCCAGUUAUAAUUUUAAUGGCUUAUCAGAUAAUAACAAAAGAAGAACAAUAUUUACAUGGCUCAAAAAUAAGGAAUGUAAUAUAUAUAUUGCUUACAGGAAACUCAUUCAACAAUUCUAGAUGAAGAUGUGUGGAAAACGGAAUUGGGGGAGGGGGGGGGGGGGGGGGGGGGGGGGGGGGGGGGGGGGGGGGGGGGGGGGGGGGGGGGGGGGGGGGGGUUGCGAAAUAUACUUCUCCCAUGGGCAAAGCAACUCAGGAGGGGUGAUAAUAUUAAUUAACAGUAAUUUCGAUCUGAAUGUGCAAAUUGUCCAAAUAGAUACGUAAGGUAGAUGGAUUACUUUAAAUAUGUUAUUGGACCAUAAACAGAUAUAGCCCAUUAAACUUUACGGACAAAAUAAUGAUGAUCCACACUUCUUUGACAAUAUGUAUAAUAAAUUAUCAGCCCUGCAAGCAAUUCAAGACUAUAUUAUCAUGGUGGGAGAUUAUAAUACCGUUUUAAAUAGCUCAAUGGACCGUAAAGGAAAUCACACUGCAAACAAUCACCCACAUGCUCUUAAGGAAAUUGUGAAUGUCAUGUAUACAUUAGAACUAGUAGAUAUAUGGAGGCUUAAAUAUCCUGAUCUAGUGAGAUAUACAUGUCGGAGACUCAAUCAAGCUAGUCAUCUUGAAGUCUUUCUUACGUCAUUGUCGUUGGCACCAAAAGUUUAAAAAGUGUUGAUAGGGGACAGAAUGCGGUCGGACCAUCAUAUAAUUGGCAUAUACAUUACUCUUAAUGAAUUUCCACGUGGGCGAGGAUAUUGGAAAUUUUAUCAAAGCCUAUUGGAUGAUAACUUGUUUUUAACUAGGACAGAGGAAUUUGUAACUGAUUUUUUCUGACAUAACAUACAGUGGGGUGAACAAGUAUUUUAUACACUUUCCUACUUACAAAGCAUGUAGAGGUCUGUACUUUUUUAUCAUAGGUACACUUCAACUGUGAGAGACGGAAUCUAAAACAAAAAUCCAGAAAAUCACAUUGUAUGAUUUUUAAGUAAUUUUAAGUAAUGCAUUUUAUUGCAUGACAUAAGUAUUUGAUCACCUACCAACCAGUAAGAAGUCCGGCGCUCACAGACCUGUUAGUUUUUCUUUAAGAAGCCCUCCUGUUCUCCACUCAUUACCUGUAUUAACUGCACCUGUUUGAACUCGUUACCUUUCUAAAGACACCUGUCAACACACUCAAUCAAACAGACUCCAACCUCUCCACAAUGGCCAAGACCAGAGAGCUGUGUAAGGACAUCAGGGAUAAAACUGUAGACCUGCACAAGGCUGGGAUGGGCUACAGGACAAUAGGCAAGCAGCUUGGUGAGAAGGCAACAAGUGUUGGCACUAUUAUUAGAAAAUGGAAGAAGUUCAAGAUGACGGUCAAUCACCCUCGGUCUGGGGCUCCAUGCAAGAUCUCACCUCGUGGGGCAUCAAUGAUCAUGAGGAAGGUGAGGGAUCAGCCCAGAACUACACGGCAGGACCUGGUCAAUGACCUGAAGAGAGCUGGGACCACAGUCUCAAAGAAAACCAUUAGUAACACACCACGCCAUCAUGGAUUAAAAUCCUGUAGCGCACGCAAGGUCCCUCUUCUCAAGCCAGCGCAUGUCCAGGCCCAUCUGAAGUUUGCCAAUGACCAUCUGGAUGAUCCAGAGGAGGAAUGGGAGAAGGUCAAGUGGUUUGAUAAGACAAAAAUAUAGCUUUUUGGUCUAAACUCCACUCGCCGUGUUUGGAGGAAGAAGAAGGAUGAGUACAACCCCAAGAACACCAUCCCAACCGUGAAGCAUGGAGGUGGAAACAUCAUUCUUUGGGGAUGCUUUUCUGCAAAGGGGACAGGACGACUGCACCGUAUUGAGGGGAGGAUGGAUGGGGCCAUGUAUCGCAAGAUCUUUGCCAACAACCUCCUUCCCUCAGUAAGAGCAUUGAAGAUGGGUCGUGGCUGGGUCUUCCAGCAUGACAACUACCUGAAACACACAGCCUGGGCAACUAAGGAGUGGCUCCAUAAGAAGCAUCUCAAGGUCCUGGAGUGGCUUAGCCAGUCUCCAGACCUGAACCCAAUAGAACAUCUUUGGAGGGAGCUGAAAGUCCGUAUUGCCCAGCGACAGCCCCGAAACCUGAAGGAUCUGGAGAAGGUCUGUAUGGAGGAGUGGGCCAAAAUCCCUGCUGCAGUGUGUGCAAACCUGGUCAAGACCUACAGGAAACGUAUGAUCUCUGUAAUUGCAAACAAAGGUUUCUGUACCAAAUAUUAAGUUCUGCUUUUCUGAUGUAUCAAAUACUUAUGUCAUGCAAUAAUAUGCAAAUUAAUUACUUAAAAACCAUACAAUGUGAUUUUCUGGAUUUUUCUUUUAGAUUCCGUCUCUUACAGUUGAAGUGUACCUACGAUAAAAAUUACAGACCUCUACAUGCUUUGUAAUUAGGAAAAACUGCAAAAUCGGCAGUGUAUAAAAUACUUGUAUGUAUGUACAGUGACGGAAAAAAGUAUUUGAUCCCCUGCUGAUUUUGUACGUUUGCCCACUGACAAAGACAUGAUCAGUCUAUAAUUUUAAUGGUAGGUUUAUUUGAACAGUGAGAGACAGAAUAACAACAAAAAAAUCCAGAAAAACGCAUGUCAAAAAUGUUAUAAAUUGAUUUGCAUUUUAAUAAGGGAAAUAAGUAUUUGACCCCUCUGCAAAACAUGACUUAGUACUUGGUGGCAAAACCCUUGUUGGCAAUGAAAGACGUCAGAUGUUUCUUGUAGUUGGCCACCAGGUUUGCACAUAUCUCAGGAGGGAUUUUGUCCCACUCCUCUUUGCAGAUCUUCUCCAAGUCAUUAAGGUUUCGAGGCUGACUCGAACCUUCAACUCCCUCCACAGUUUUUCUAUGGGAUUAAGGUCUGGAGACUGGCUAGGCCAGUGUCCUCCAAACACGGCGAGUUGAGUUGAUGCCAAAAAGCUUGAUUUUGGUCUCAUCUGACCACAACACUUUCACCCAGUUCUCCUCUGAAUCAUUCAGAUGUUCAUUGGCAAACUUCAGACGGCCCUGUAUACAGUAUGUGCUUUCUUGAGCAGGGGGACCUUGCGGGAGCUGCAGGAUUUCAGUCCUUCACGGCAUAGUGUGUUACCAAUUGUUUUCUUGGUGAGUAUGGUCCCAGUUGCCUUGAGAUCAUUGACAAGAUCCUCCAGUGUAGUUCUGGCCUGAUUCCUUACCGUUCUCAUGAUCAUUGCAACUCCACGAGGUGAGAUCUUGCAUGGAGCCCCAGGCCGAGGGAGAUUGACAGUUAUUUUGUGUUUCUUCCAUUUGCCAAUAAUCGCACCAACUGUUGUCACCUUCUCACCAAGCUGCUUGGCGAUGGUCUUGUAGCCCAUUCCAGCCUUGUGUAGGUCUACAAUGUUGUCCCUGACAUCCUUGGAGAGCUCUUUGGUCUUGGCCAUGGUGGAGAGUUUGGAAUCUGAUUGAUUGAUUGCUUCUGUGGACAGGUGUCUUUUAUACAGGUAACAAUCUUUCUGAUUGAGAGGGUGUCUAAUACUUAUUUCCCUCUUUAAAAUGCAAAUCAAUUUAUAACAUUUUUGACAUGCGUUUUUCUGGAUUUUUGUUGUUGUUAUUCUGUCUCUCACUGUUCAAAUAAACCUACCAUUAAAAUUAUAGACUGAUCAUUUCUUUGUCAGUGGGCAAACGUACAAAAUCAGCAGGGGAUCAAAUACUUUUUUCCCUCACUGUAUGUAUGUAUAUGUAUAUAUAUAUGUGUAUAUAUAUGUAUGUAUAUAUAUAUAUAUAUAUAUAUAUAUAUAUACAUAUUUGCCAGAAGAAAAGAAAAACAUAUGGGGGAUUGGAAGUGAUGCAGACAAUUACAUUGAUGGAAGUUACAAUCUAUCUGCAAUGUUAAAGCUGAUCUACCCGUUAAAAUUUUUUUAAUAGUAGUAAUAAUUUGAAAUACAGUGAAUAAUUUGUAAUUUGUUAUAUAGUGAAUAGCUUGUGUGGAUUUCCUGAAUCAGAAAUGCCGUAAACUGUUGUUUGGGUAUGUCCUCUCUCGAGGUUAUGGGGAAGGUGACCACAGAUGGUUUCUAGAUGCAUGGAAGGGAUAAUUCGGCCAAGAACAGUGUGAGCCUCACCCCCUCUAACCCGCUGAAGUAAUGGCGACAAUUGCGUUCACUAUGGUCCUUCACCACUUCUCCCGUGAGACCUGAGUCCGAGCCAGCAACCUGUACACAGCAUCCAGUCUUAGCUAUCAACUGCCUUUUCUCUCAUGCCUUUUCUCUGAGUCCACAUGGAGUGAGCAUGGAGCGGAAACAUGGAGAGGGAUCCCUUCCAAACUUCUCUCAUGCUGCUGGUGUACUGGUUGGAAAAUUGACAUAAUGACUGUAAAGGAUGGUGACGGCUCAGGUGAGAUAUUAGUCUGCUGGGAAAUUCAGAUUAUUCCUCAGAUAUUGAAAUUGGGACAUUAUCAAGGGCCAUCCACUUUGAACACGUGUGCCAUUGGGAGGACAAACUGUAAAGCUAUCUGAAGAAGAAAAUGUAGACACGCCAGAAGGAUGAGUGCCGUGAAGGAGUGCGGUGGUCAACCGUGCUCGUAAUUGAUUUAGGCUUAUCCAAAAUUGUUAAUUUGGGGUAUCAGGUUGAUUAUGGCAUAUUAUAUUAUUAUUAUAUUAUUUAUAUUAUUAUUAUAUUAUUACUAUUAUAUUAUUAUAUUAUUAUUAUGGAGGUCUGUACACUGCUAAAUGUAUAGUACUUUAGACUAGAAAUGCAUCGAGAUACUUAUCUAUCAUUAACAUGCCACUUGCGACAAAAGCUCCAACUGAAAUGUCAUUGCCAGAAUCCAUAAAAUAAAUUGUGUAAUGAAGCAUAUGUGUAACUGUAUGAAGUGAAGAUAUUCAGUUAAAACAUUCUACUUCAAUGGUUUUACAAGUACAACCCAGAAUGAUUGUACGACCCAGAAUUAAGGGUUUAAAAGUGUGGUUUUAUGCGUUGAUUUUGAUAGUUUAAGUAAUAAUCAUAUGAAUAAAAUGUAAUGAUAAUGAUCACAGAGUGAGUGAUAAGAGGAGGGAAUGUGAUGGAAAAUGUUGUGUUUGUGCUUUUCUAAUAACCAAUUUCUGUGUUCUAUGUUUGUGCUUUUCUAAUAACCAAUUUCAGUGUUCAUGCAAGUGACUGAUUGAAUGUGCCUGGGAGGAAUCCUCACUAUCAGUAGAGCAAUUUGGUAGUAUGCCCAGAACCUAUUUUGCGAACGAAAGGGAUAUCUCAGUUUCAAAGUCUCAGCUUGGAGAGAAGAAGCCUUGUGAGUUAUUGGUCGGUCACAUGCAUGAACCAAACGUUGAUGGUGAAUUAAUUAUGAAUAAUUAAUAACCUAAAUCAUGCAAAUACUACUUGUCUGUGUAAGUAUAUAAGAUAACUAAUGGGACUGCAUCGUGGGAGCUCCUGAUCGACAUGUGUACUUGGUGCAUUGAGUUGGUUGGAACCUCUCCAGUGAACUGUUAAUAAACAAUGAUUCAUUUAAAUUUGACUUUGUGUGUCCCUGGUGUAAAAUUUCCACGACACCCCAUUCAAAGUAUUUUGUCUUGCCCAUUCACCCUCUGAAUGGCACACAUACACAAUCCAUUUCUCAAUUGUCUCAAGGCUUAAAAAUCAUUUUCUAACCUGUCUCUUCCCCUUCAUCUACACUGAUUGAAGAGGAUUUCACGUGUGACAUCAACAAGGGAUCAUAGCUUUCACCUGGAUUCACAAGGUCAUUACAUGUAGCCAUCGCUGUACUAUUCUAUACCGUCGAAGUACAGUUCAAGCUCAUUGCACUUCAUCCACAACGAUUCCCAUGAUUUUGGAGCUGUAUAGGACUGAGGCCAACACAAAUCUCCCGGUCUUCCCGGUCUUCCCCAACCAGCUCUCCGGACUUCCGAAGACAAGGUCGCAUGCACCUUCCCAUAUAGUGUGCUUGUCUUCUUCCACAACCACUGCUCUGAGACCCAUGGCUUUUGCCUUGUGGAUUUGGUCAUCCAUCCACCACAGCCAUCAGCCGGGACACGACUGUCAGAAUCGAAUAUCAUAACUAGCUAGCUUACUGGUAAAUUAGGUUUUUCCCCACAGCCCGUUGGCAAGACUGCCAAUACAUCCUCCCCUCGCACAAAUGAUUGAAAUGCUUCAAGUUGCUCCUAUUUUAAUUAAAUCCCUACGUUGGUCGUUACUAUGUGGCAGUGUCGUCUCUCUAUCUCCUUUUCAGAAAGCUCCAUCACAGAGUUUUUCUCCCCACAGUUUUAAAUAGCUGCCUAACUUUAGCUUGGCUUUUUUACCAAUCUAGUGGUGGAGUAGCAAAUUGACGAGGAAGUGUGGGGGACAUUGUGCAUGCAAAUAGCUUUGCAUAUGAGAACCAAUCAAAAAGUCGCUCAAAGUCCCAAAAUAAUUGAGCUAACCUCCAGACCAGUGACACACAGGUUUUAAUGUCACAUGCACAAGUACAGUGAAAUGCCUUUCUUGCAAACACAAAACCCAACAAUGCAAUAAUCAAUAAUAAUGUAUUACUGGGGGUACCGGUAUCGAGUCAAUGUGCGGGGGUACAGGUUAGUCGAGGUUAUUUGUACAUGUAGGUAUGGGUAAAGUGACUAUACAUAGAUAAUAGACAGAGGGUAGCAGCAGCAUAAAAACAAAUGGAGGGGGGUUGUCAUUGUAAAUAGUCCGGGUGUCCAUUUGAUUAAUUGUUCAGCAGUCUUAUGGCUUGGGGGUAGAAGCUGUUAAGGAGCCUUUUGAUCCUAGACUUGGCACCCCGGUACCGCUUGCCAUGCAGUAGCAGAGAGAACAGUCUAUGACUUGGGUGACUGGAGUCUUUGACAAUUUUUUGGGCUUUCCUAUGAAACCACGUAGUAUAUAGGUCCUGGAUGGCAGGAAGAUUGGCCCCAGUGAUGUACUGAGACGGACGCACAACCCUCUGUAUUGCCUUACAGUCAGAUGCCGAGCAGUUGCCAUACCAGGCGGUGAUGCAACCGGUCAGGAUGCUCUCGAUGGUGCAGAUGUAGAACUUUUUGUGGAUCUGGGGACCCAUGCUAAAUCUUUUCAGUCUCCUGAGGGGGGAAAAGUUUUUGUCGUGCCCAAUUCACAAAUGUCUUGGUGUGUUUGGACCAUGAUAGUUAGUUGGUGAUGUGGACACCAAGGACCCGCUCCACCACAGCCCUGUCGAUGUUAAUGGGGCAUGUUUGGCCCGCCUUUUCCUGUAGUCCACAAUCAGCUCCUUUGUCGUGCUCACAUUGAGGGAGAGGUUGUUGUCCUGGCACCACACUGCCAGGUAUCUGACCUCCCUAUAGGCUGUCUCAUCAUUGUCGGUUAUCAGGCCUACCACUGUUGUGUCGUCAGCAAACUUAAUGAUGGUGUUGGAGUCGUGUUUGGCCACGGAGUCAUAGGUGAACAGGGAGUACAGGAGGGGACUAAGCACGUACCCCUGAGGGGCCCCCUUGUUGAGAUCAGCGUGGCAGAUGUGUUGAUACCUACCCUUACCACCUGGGGGAGGCCCGUCAGGAAGUCCAGGAUCCAGUUGCAGAGGGAGGCGUUUAGUCCCAGGGUCCUUAGCUUAGUGAUGAGCUUUGUGGGCACUAUGGUAUUGAAAGCUGAGCUGUAGUCAAUGAACAGCAUUCUCACAUAGGUGAGAUUGUGUCAUCUGUGGAUCUGUUGAGGCAUUAUGCGAAUGGGGUGGUUAUCAUUUAGGCAGGUUACCUUCGCUUCUUUGGGCACAGGGACUAUGGUAGGUACAGUAUUACAGACUCAGUCAGGGAGAGGUUGAAAAUGUCAGUGAAGACACUUGCCAGUUGGUCCGCGGAUGCCUUGAGUACACGUCCUGGUAAUCCAUCUGUGCCUGCGGCUUUGUGAAUGUUGACCUGUUUAAAGGUCUUGCUCACAUCGGCUAUAGAGAGCGUUAUUAUACAGUCGUCCGGAGCAGCUGGUGCUCUCAUACAUGUGCAUAUUAUGUGUGAGUGAGCAAAUGAUGGAGUGUUUGUGUGUGUUGGAGUGACAGUGUGUGUGAGUGUGUAGGGCCAUGUGAGUGUGCAUAGAGACAGUGCAGAGAUUGACAUAAAAGGUCAAUAAAGAUACAAGGUUAACUGAGAUCGUUUGUGCAGCUACAGUGCCUUCGGAAAGUAUUCAGACCCCUUGACUUGUUCCACAUUUUGUUACGUUACAGCCUUAUUCUAAAAUGGAUGACAUUUUAAAAAAAAUGUCAGCAAUCUACACACAAUACCCCAUAAUGACAAAGCGAAAAGAGGUUUUUAGAAAUAAAACUAUUCAGACCCUUUGCUAUGAGACUCGAAAUUGAGCUCAGGUGCAUCCUGUUUCCAUUGAUCAUCCUUGAGAUGUUUCUACAACUUGAUUGGAGUCCACCUGUGGUAUUUUCAAUUGAUUGGGCAUGAUUUGGAAAGGCACACAACUGUCUAUAUAAGUUCCCACAGUUGACAGUGCAUGUCAGAGCAAAUACCAAGCCAUGAGGUUGAAGGAAUUGUUCAUAGAGCUCCGAGACAGGAUUGUGUCGAGGCACAGAUCUGGGGAAGGGUACAAAAAAAUGUCUGCAGUGUUGAAGGUCCCCAAUAACACAGUGGCCUCCAUCAUUCUUAAAUGGAAGAAGUUUGGAACCACCAAGACACUUCGUAGAGCUGGCCUCCCGGCCAAACUGAGAAAUCUGGGGAGAAGGGCCUUGGUCAGGGAGGGUGACAAAGAACCUGAUGGUCACUCUGACAGAGCUCUAGAGUUCCUCUGUGGAGAUGGGAGAACCUUCCAGAAGGACAACCAUCUCUGCAGCACUCCACCAAUCAGGCUUUUGUGGUAGAGUGGCGAGACGGAAGCCACUUCUCAGUAAAAGGCACAUGACAGCCCGCUUGGAGUUUGCCAAAAGGCACCUAAAGACUCUCAGACCAUGAGAAACAAGAUUCUCUGGUCUUAUGAAGCCAAGAUUGAACUCUUUGGCCUGAAUACCAAGCGUCACGUCUGGAGGAAACCUGGCACCAUCCCUACGGUGAAGGAUGGUGGUGGCAGCAUCAUGCUGUGGGGUUGUUUUUCAGUGGCAGGGACUGGGAGACUAGUCAGGGUCGAGGCAAAGAUUAACAGAGCAAAGUACAGAGAGAUCCUUGAUGAAAACCUGCUCCGGAGCGCUUUUUAUUGAAUUUUAAAACCUACAAUCUACCUUUAGUGAAGCCUCUCAACAUUUACAUUACAUUCAGUCAUCUAGCAGAUGCUCCCAUCCAGAGUGACCCACAGGAGCAACCAGGGACAAGCGCCCGCCCAAGGGCACAUCGACAGAUCUCCCACCAAGUCAAAUCGUGGACCCGAACCAGCGACCUCUCGGCCACCGGCCCAAGCUCCCAACCGCCAGGCCACCAACCAUCCAAGACCCCACCACCCCACAGCCUACCCGCCGAAAAACCUCUCCCUCCACUCCACUCCACAUCCCCCCCCCCCCCCAACCCAACCAAAACAACCACCCACCCACCGCGCCAAAAGACAAAAAAAGAGACAAAAAGGAAAAAAACUACAGAAAACAACCACGCCAAAAAAAAGACAUCAAGGACAGCAAAAAUCAAAACAGCAAGGCCAACUGUAUUUGUUUGAGUGCAUGUGUGGCACUAUUUACAUGUGUGUCCGUGUGUGUGCACGUGUGUGUUUCAAUGCGAGUGUGUGUGUAUGCAUGUGUAUGCAUCAGCCUCAGGCAAACAGGCAUUGGAUGUAACAGCGUUGCCCCUCAGUGUCAUUCAAACUAAAUUAAGAGAAAGUGAAAAAAAAUACUACGAAAUAUAGCUAGCUCUCUCUCUCUCUCUCUGUCUCUCUCUCUAAUGCUUCUCCUUAGUAUUUGACUAAAUGUAUUUGUUCAAAACUGCUCAACUAUUGUCUUUCUCUCUCAUUGUGUCAACUACUCACUACAUUUUAUGCACUGCAGUGCUAGCUAGCUGUAGCUUAUGCUUUCAGUACUAGAUUCAUUUUCUGAUCCUUUGAUUGGGUGGACAACAUGUCAGUUCAUGCUGCAAGAGCUCUGAUAGGUUGGAAGUCGUCAUAAUUACUGUAUAAGUCUAUGGAAGGGGGUGAGAACCAUGAGCCUCCUAGGUUUUGUAUUGAAGUCAAUGUACCCAGAGGAGGACGGAAAACAGCUGUCCUCCGACUACACCAUGGUGCUACCCCAGAGAGUGCUGUUGAGGCAACUGUAGACCUUCAUUGCAAAACAGUGUGUUUUCAUCCAUUUUAUGGUGACAUUAAUUUAUUUGGUAUAGUUUUAUCUACAAAGGAUAACUUUAAUGUUUCACUGUUUUAAUUUUAUCUGAAAUUCACUGAGUAGGUUGGUCCUCAGAGGAGACUCAAAUAGAGAGUCAACUCCAAAAGAGUCGAUUCCUCGACUCCUUGACUACCGAGAGUCGGAGUCAACUCCAAAAAUCCUGGAGUCAUUUAAAGAAAAAUAGCCUAGGCAGAGAGGCUGACAUAGGCUACUGAUUAGCCUUGAAUAUUAUGGUUAGUAGAGAUUGUCAGAUGGCUCCAAAGGCAUUGCUAAUCAAUUACCCAGUUCAUUAGAGUGUGUGCACAUACUCUGACAUUGAAGCUGUAGCAAAUAUUUGCUCAUUUUGGUCCGGUUUUGUCAUUUGACAUGGUCAUAGGUGUGUUGUUCUUUACUCAGAUCACCACGUCCUUACUUAUAACUUUGGUGAACUAUAAACCUUAAAUGGUUUAUAAAAAUGCUGUAAACGCAGUGAUAGCAGAUAAUCUAGCCAAAAUCAACGGUCCCCAUUCAUAAGAUUGAAAAUAUAUAGUAAUUGGUUAGGUGAACCAUUUCUCUAUUGAACUUUUUCAAACAUGAUUUAUAGGCUUAUGUUUUACCACCAUCUUGUGGAGAAAGACACAAGGGAGCAAUGUCAGUAUUAAAGGAGCAAUAUGGAACUGGUACAUAGAGGUCUACAUCAAAAUACAUCUCAGAAUCCUCAUAGAAAUGUCUCUAGGCUGUGUUGUCAUUCUUUACUCACUUUAUUUAAGUACUGUAUCUUUUUUUCCUAAAAUACACCCUAGUCAUGGAGCAACUGGAAAUUACUGGCAGAAAAUUGUGUCUCUGUCUGAAUUUAAGUCUAUGAUUGAUGCAAAUAUUGUGGACAGGUAAUUGCUUUUAACUUUUGCAAAUGUAUUUUUGUCUGAGUGUGUUGUUGUCAGUUGUCAUUGCAGUGUCAAUGGCAGGGCAGAAACUGGACCAGGAGAUAUCAUGGAUAUGUAUGUCUACUGGUACCGGAAGAAGGAGGGAGAACCUUUUACCUUGAUUUUUGAGCUGCGAAUGAAUCAAGCUGUGAAUUAAUGAAAAAGAAAGUGUUUUGCACCACAGGAAGUGACAUAGUCAAAGGAACUGUUUGAGACGAUACACUCCAGCUGGUUUCUAACCUCUCCUCUUCAUAAUCGACUAUAUGAUCCAAACCAUACUUCAGUAAAGAUCUGUGAAAUCAGUCUGAUUUUCAGUGAUAAUUUCUUAAACAUUUUCAUAUUGUUCAAUGUUAUAUAGAACGCUUAGCUUUUCAUUUUCCCAAAUCUUAAGCACAUAUUCACUGAACAUGGACUGUGGUAUAAUAAUAUUCUCUCUUUUUCUGGGUAAGUGGUUCAUCCAACCUGUAUCCAUAUAUUUGAAUGGAGUAACUCUACUGAAACUUUUUUAGUGAUCCACUUCUGUUUUGCAGUGGCUGCUUCAGGACAGCAGCUGCAACAGGACCAGAUAUCAAAGACUAUUACAAAGGGACGGACUGUCUCCUUCGGCUGCAAAGUUACUGGUCGUUGUUCGCUUAACAGAGUCCACUGGUACCAGAAGAGAGAGGGUGAACCCUUCACUUGGAUUCUAUACUUUGAUUUGGAUUACAAUUCUGUCAAGACUGAUACCACUCAUCCUCAGGCAGCAGAUUUCUCUACUUGGAGGGAGUCUGAGUCUGACUCCAUUGAUCUGAAGAUCCGGUCCGUUAAAGUGUCCCAUUCUGCCACCUACUACUGUGCCUGCUGGGGCUCGGGAACCCACAGUGAGAACUGA